CCCGGCCGGGGGCAGGCAGAGCAGCACAGGGCAUGGAGUUUGGAACUUUCCGGGGAAAGAUUCCGUGAGGCACCCCCAGGACCCGGCUACACACACAGCAUGGGCGGCCAUGUCAACCUGGCCGCCGGAAUCUGUGUAUUAGGAGCUCUCUUAUCUAGCAGCAGCCUGCAAGUGCGAGCAGGUAUGAAGUUCUGUGUCUCCACUCUGUUUAUGGAGAAGGGGGGACUGGUUCCCCUGUGUAAUACCGGCAGCUCCAUCUGACCUAUAUCCUCUGUAUUAUAAUAAAGGCACCAUUUCUUACUACACAGGGCACUCAGUGGAUAUUUACCACCUGCCUAACUAUAGAGAUUCUGCGGCAACGUUCUAAGAGUGGAUCACUCAGCAGGAACAUGCCACUGGUUUCCAUGGUGACUGCUCCACUUCCAGAACUUUGCCCCAGAGUCACUCUUUUUGCAUUACUCCACUUGAGACUAAUGUGUGCAGAAUUGUUCUUGGUUAAAUGUUUGAAAUGAGUGUGUGCUUCCAUUACAGUUGCUUUGCAUUUUAGAUACAUAAUGCCAAAUCCCACCUUUUACAAUCCAAAAGUGGGCAUCUGUGCUGGAUAAUAUUUUAUUUGUGCGAUUAUGGAUGUCAGUGUUUGCAUAGAAAUUAAUUUGCUGACUCAGUUUUCUUUUGUUAUAUUGCUUUUCCUGCUUUCUUCUGUUUUUUCUUCUUUAUUGUUUAUCGAUUCAUCUAGGAGUUAACAGUAGGAAAUCAUAAUAUAUUAUUUUCUAUUAUUAUUUUUUUAAUUCGAAGCAAAUUAAUUUAAAAGUGAAAUGUAAAGGUUUAAUCAUUUUUAGGUGUUUUAAAAGUAUUGCAAAUUAUUUUAAAAAAUUACUUGAGAUUUGUUUCUUGAUGGAUUUGUCUAGCUACAAACCGGGGUCUGUUCAUUAUGUUGUGCACUGUUGUGAUUUUGAGAAUACUUUCAUAGUUGACUGGACUGAUGAUUGUACACAGUUUUGCAGUUUUAAAAUACAUUUUGCCAGCCUGAUCUUACCCACAGAUGAAUGUUGAGUCAUCCACAAAGGGAUUGUAAAAUUGUUGUAGCAGGACGUUUCUCACCUUUGAUUCCUGUCUUUCUAAGCCUUUAUGCCACCAACUAUUUGUCUGAUGUCUUUGUACAGCACUCUGGUAAAUGUUCAUGUUUUUAUAUUUAAUAAUUAUAAUUAGGUACAAUGAGUAAAGCCCUAUAAACUACCAAUACAAUAGAGAUAUAACAUUAAUAUAUACAGUAUUGCAUUUUGUGAAUGUGUUUUGCUGUAUCUAUUAGUAAGUGCACCAACUGUAAGUGUAGACAGCCUGAAUUUUAAUUUGUAGGAAAUACAAGAAUCAAAAUGCUUUGACCCAUCUCCCUGUCAUCCAACCUCGACUUCUUUGAGUUGAAAAUCUCAAUCUUUAAUCUGAGUGUUUAUUUCAUUUAUAUAUGUUUCUACUAUUAACGUAUCUACCCUCCAGUCAUUUUCUGUGUCCUCUUGCAAUCAACUAGAAAACAACUGUUAUGUGUAGAGAAGGCGGCAGAGCAUUUUGGAAAGCAGAUGUCAUUUCAUACUUUGAAAAUGAACAGCUGAGAUCUCUUCACUGGCCAAAAAUAUACAGAAAUUGAAAUUUGUGGGUUUCUUCUCCCACAUGUAGAAGUCCAUCAUAAAUGAGCAUUAGAAGUUGCCUCUCUCCUGUUUAAUUCAUUUGGAGAUAUUGCAUGACAAAGAAAUGAUGAAAAAUGAAAAGUAACUGGAGAAAAUAAUACUACUACUGUAUGAAUUAACAUAAUCUAUCACAAAUAUGUAGCUACUGCAAGGCCCAGGAAGUGGCCAAGAUUUUUUAGCCAGUCCUUUCUCUCCCGUAAUUUAAGUGAGAGUACGCUGCAUUUUCUUUAAACUCUUACUGAACCACAAGUUGCCUUCUGAAGCAAAACAAAAUAGAAUAGUUAGUGAUAGGGCUUGGUAUUCUCCUUUUUAAAACCUUGUUCAAUGUUACAUAAGAUUGCAAUAACACAGCUGGUAUUGUAACAAUCCCAAUAUAAUGUGUUAGUUUAAAGGAACAUUCCAAGCACUAUAGUGGUUAUGGAGCCAAGGAUACACCAUACCAGAAUAAGUACUCUAAUUGUUUUUGAUAAUAUAUCUGGGCCCAGCUGGGAUGGCUUACAUCAGUGCCAGAAUCUCCUGCCACUGAUGUAAGCCAUCCUAUGCAGGGCUGCUCAGCUGAUGCUCUCAGCCAAGAAGCCUGCCCUGCGCUGCAGGACUUAGCUCAGUGGAGCUAAUGGAAGUUCCUUGCAGGAGUUUCCUGCAGUAAGGAAGAAAACGAUGGGCGCCAGAUGGUACAACCAUUCUUAAACGAUUUGACUAGUUGUAACGGGAAGGCGCCAAAGACUUCUUGGCACCAUAAUCCCUACCGCAGGCUGUAAGGGUUAUGACAUUUGGAGUGUUUUUUAGAAGAACAAAUUGAUAUUAUUUGUAGCAAAAUAUAGUGGUAGUCUAUAACUGGGGGUACCUAUUUUUCAAACUACGAAGCAAAAGCAUCAUAAAGAAUGAGAUGUGUACUUUUAUUAGAUUUAAACUUCUUUUAAAUGAUUGAAAAUGGUUUAUUUUUUCAAAGUUGACACCACCACUAUAAAUGUUUAUUGAUGGUGACCUUUUAAAGUAUGUCAUAUGUAGUGAGAAAAAUGAUUUCAAAUACUAGAUUUAAGUAAAACACAGGUAUGAGGGAACAGCUUGGUCCAUCUGAAAUUAAAAAUGAAUCUGAACAAACUAAAUUUCAUUAUUAAAUCCAUGUAGUUAUUUUGAAUUUUAUUAAAGGGAAUUGCAUCACUUGGCGAUUAUAUUUUUGAACUAGCAGUUUAAAACAAAUAUACAAACCAAAAUCAAGAAAAACUUUAAAAAAAAGUCUGCAAUAAACUUAAUAAAAACUUGGUCAAAUGACAUGAUUGGACUCACCUCUCGGCUAGAGGAGUAUGUUCAGCCUCUCUCACUCCCUCUUAUCCACCCUUCUCUGUUUUAGACCAGUUCAGUAGAAAGAAUCCUGAAACAGGAAUCUGUUAAACAUGAUCACACUGACCAGAGUUCCUCACUUCACCUUGUUAGGAUGUUGCAAAGUGAAGAGAUCUUCCAACUGCACAUGUGUAAAUCUGUCAGGCAUGCCUAAUGCACUUUUCCAACCUUCCUAGGGAUAGAACACUUAUUGGUUAGAUCAGUGUCCCCCUGGAGUCGGAGUGGCAAGCAUAAAAAAAGAAGCAGGAAUUUUUUUUUUUUAAUCAGAUUUACCUGCUUUUGAAAUGAGACAGUUGUCUCAAAGUAAUGUGUGUCCCUUUAAAGUAAUGUAUGUCCCCCUGCUCCCUCUCUCCCCCCUCUUCCCCCUCCACCAAAAAAAGGAAAGUGAGCAUGCAUGGGGGUGGAUGAGAACUUAUACAUUUUAAAUGGAAAGGGUGGCAGACAUAAAUAUUUGCUCUUCACUCUUCCUUUGUUAUAAUUCAACAUAAUUACAUAUUUUGGCCGACCGAAUUCUAAUCUUUUCACCUCCUGUAGUUCACAUAAGGUUAAGAAAUGCCAGCUGUGCUUUACCAAACUUAGAAGCAUUUUAUAUUAUGAAUCAUGUAAAUGAUUUACAUAUCCUCAAGCCACAACACAUACCUUUCAUGACAUAUACCUGGCAUUCUUUCUCUUUCUGGGAAAGCCAAUGUAAAGUGUUUGAUACCUGAAAUAACUUUAAUGUUAUUUCAAUUUGGACAUCUGUAUUUUUCUAAGCACCAAACCUACCACAUCCUAAUGUAAUGAUAUUGGUCCAUGGAUGUUGUUCUUUACUCAACAUAAAACUUUGCCAUUUGUGAAAAGUUUGUGAAAAAUGUUUGGGAAAAAAGUUAACCUUUUUCCUAGAGCCCACCUCUAGUGAAUGUCAGACUGACUGUAGCAGAUAGACAGCCACUAGAGGCUUAAUUUUUAUAACAGUAUGCAUACUUUAGUAAAGUAGUCUAGGUAUAGCUGCAGUACAGCUGUAAUAAAAGUUAAAUAUUAAACAAGCUCCCAGUUUGCCUUUUUGCCAUUAAUUCCUUAAAGUCGGAGUCGUGGCGAAAGUUGUAAGUGAGAUGACCAGCGUGGCAGUGUUUACACUUACAGUAAAGUCUUCCAACUUAGCUUACAUGGUAAACCUAGCAAUAGAACGCGUACAGUUUUCUUGGCUGCUGAAAUUAACCUGUUGCCCUAAAGAAGUUCCCCUCUCUAUAUAAAUUUAUGUCUUAAAACCUUUUUUUUUUUUAAGACAAAUCAGAGAAUUAUGUAACAUCUGUCCAUGCUCUAAGUGGAUUUUACUGGCUUUAUUGCCUGCAUUCUGGUGACCAUAGCAUGCACUGGAGAUCAAUAGGAUGCACCUGUAGGAGGUCUCUUAUGCUUUCGCUAAAAGUUGUUUUUUGGGUGAGGUCUAUGCCAGAGAACUGAUUUGAAAGGUGAGGGAAAGUCCUUUUUUAAAUAGGUUUUCUCCGACUCUAUUCACUCGCUAGCAUUGCUGCUAGCACAAUCUAUAGAAAUAAUGCUCUUUAAAGGGACACACAUAACUUUACAAAUAUUGUUAAAACCAGCAAGCAAACACUUUUUAACUAAUCUACAAAUAUACUUUUUUAAAAGCAUGUAAUAAACGUUUGUAAAUGUACUAUAAACUUGGUCCAAUUACAUGAUUGGGCACGACUCUCACCUAGCAGAAACCAGAAACCGUAGCUUUUCUGCAUGAUCACACUGAUCAGUCUAACUCUCUUCCCUCCCCCUUGUCAGGUUGUUCCAAGUGAAGAAAUCUUCCCACUGCACAUAUGUAAAUCUGUCAGGCAUGCCCAAUACAAUUUUCCAGCAUUCCUAGGGAUAGCACACUUUUCGGUUAGAUCAGUGUCCCAUCUGGAGUGGGGGUGGAAAGCAAAAGAAAGAAAAGGCAGGUAAAUAUGAAAAAUUAUCAUAGCUUUCAACCUGUAGAAUGAGGCAAAUGUCUCAUUCAAAGCUAAAGAUUUUGAAUUAGACAGUUGUCCUAAAGUGUCCCUUGAUCUUGCUUACAGUAUAUAUCAAGUAGAGAAAGACAGAGAAAGAGAGGUAACAAAUUUAUGGAACUGAGACACAGUUGGAUGAACCUACACGGGGUAUGUCAGUGACAUGGCAACGUCUAAAGGGGACAGGUCACUAAAAAACAAUGUGUCAACCUAGCAUGAAUGAACACGAGGCUGACCUCACACUUAGCAAAUCACGUUUAAUAAUAGGGGACAAAACCAACAUAUAGGGCCAAGUACCUAAAACUGGGAUGCAGUGCAAAACUUGGGAUAGUUGGGAUGUAUGAAGAGAGAGAGAUGUAGAAAAAAAAACCUGAAGUCUUCUGUCUAGCAUUGUUCAUCUUGGCCCCUUCCAUAUACUCUUGAGUCCUAGGCUUGAAGCCGGAAGCCUCAGAUUUGGCACGCUGAUAGGCGGAGAAACAGAAGACUGUUGGCUGAAUGAUCUCCUUGCUUGUGAACAAAUUCAUUCCGAUGACAUUGUUAUAGUACCAGACUGUUCUUUUAAUUGAACUCCAUCAAGUGACAGUUUAAGCAAUCCAUCGUUAUUCUUACAAAUCCUGAACUUGUAUGACUUAAAGACAAACUAUGUGGUAAAUUUAAAUAGUACAAAAAAAUAUAGAAACCCUACACGUGGGAUAAUUGUUUUGUAAUUACAUUUAGAGUGAGUGGAACUGCCAUACUAUGGCUGCUAUCAGUUUACACAUAACAAAGCUGACAUAGCCAUGGUGAAAACAGUAGUCCAAGUUCGUUACAUUCCAGCAAAAAAGGCAAACUAUUUUGGAACGGGAUCUCCUUUAUCACAACUACAUCCCCUCUACUUUUCCUCCCACAAAAUCCCCUAUCUUAAUCUCUUUCCAUACAGAUGGAGAAAAACCCUCCCCUCCCCAUUCCCCCCCCUCACCCCCACCACCCCCAGACACACACACACACACACACACACACAUGCGCGCACACACAUUUGAGAAAAUUUUCCUUUUUUUUUUUUAAGGAUAACUUUUUUUAAAACUCUGAUAUCUGGGUGGACACACCUGUUUGACUUAAAUUUGCAAAUAACUUCAUGUUUAGAAUUAUUAAGCUUUUGAGGACAUGUUAUAUGUGCUAAUACUUAUCACUGUACUUUCUUUUCUGUGAAUUUCUCACGUGUGGAUUGACACAUUCUGUAUGUUGGCAUUUAAGUCAUUUGAAAAAAAAUUCUGGAACUGGAAUUUCAAGAUGAAGAGCUGUACCGACUAAGUACUUGCACAAUAACCACUUCAGCAAGCCUAAGUGUUAAAGCUUUGAGACAUUGUUUUUUAGAAUAAUAGAACUACAUGAGAAAAUUACCAUUAUCAGAACAUAGAGUGUUCCAGUUAAUUUGUUAGCAAAUAUUUACUGUGUUGCUUAUUGCUCCUUUAGUUGAAGAAUUUAUUUUCUGUUGCUUGUCAUAUGUUGUUAAUAUUUAUUUGUACAGCAGCAGCCUGCUAUAUUUCUGGAUAUAGUUUCAUGAAGUGACUGGUGACAUCAAUAUGAGAAUAUUCUGUCCCUAUGACACUUUUUUCUUUUAACCUUUUAUUUCCAAUAAUGCUUCUUUCAUCUGUAAUGGCUUGCUUUAUUCUAGCCAACAUUCCUUCUUACAAGCUUCUGCCUCCAGACUUCACUGCGUUUACUUUUGUGGACAUCUAUUUAAGGAAAUCCAAACCAUGAAUGGAUUUGAUUUAUUUCACAUUUAUGCUCCCUGCCCAAUACGCUCGCCUGCCUUUAUCAGAAAACUGUAACUCUCUGCAUUAAUUGCCCGACUUUAUUCAACUAAUAGCAUCAUUAACAAACUUCUUCCUUUCUUACCCUAGCCUUGAAUUAUUUUUUCCUGCUAAGGCUUUGCUAGUGGUCUUGCACCCAGUUCUAAACAUGCAUUCAUAAUUUAAAGGGACACUAUGGGUACCGAAACAGCUUUAGCUUAACCCCUUAAGGACACAUGACGGAAAUUUUCCGUCAUGAUUCCCUUUUAUUCCAGAAGUUGUGUCCCAAAGGGGUUAAUUAAAUCACUCUGUUUAUGCAGCCCUGGUCACAUACCCCUGCAUGUGACUUCCUAAACACUUCCUGUAAAAAGUCAGCUAAUGUUUACACUUCUUUUUUUACAAAUUCUGUUUAAUGUAUAAUGUCUUAUCUCCUGCUCUGUUAAUAGAUUUCUAGGCCUGCAGGAGUCCCUGUAUGUAAAGUUUAAUUUACACAGCAGGAGAUAAAAACUUUCAAAGUAAGUUAGAUUUGAUUGAUAAUGAAACCAUUUUGCUUUCAUGCAGGCUGUCAGUCACAGCCAGAAGAGGUGUGGCUAGGGCUGCAUAAACAGAAACAAAUGUGAUUUAACUCCUAAAUGGCAGUGAUUUGACAAGAUCUUUACACAAAAACUACUUCAGUACGCUAAAGUUGUUUUGGUGAAUAUAGUGCCCCUUUAAGGAUAUGUAUUGUGUGAUUAAGUACAGCAUUACUAAUUCUGGUAAUACUUUUUUAGAACUUAAGAUUGCAAAGUUUACAAUAAGCGGGCUUAGUUUUUUAGAUGCAUUAGCAGGAGGAGAAGCAAGGUGAGUUAGUGAGGUGCAGGGUGAAAAAUUGUUUAAUUGAAACGCCUUCUUCAAAUUUUCAGUGAUUUUUUUUUUUUUAAGAAACUGAGACUGGGUGGGACUUUAAUGGAGCUGGGCAGCAAGUUUCAUAGAUAUCAUGCAGCCCUAGAGAAGUCUUGUAGAUGAGAUUCAGCGGUGCAAGUACGAACAGACAAUAGACACAUCUUCAGCAGAGCAUAAGGGCCUGGAUGGCACAUACUUGCAUAUUAGUGAGGAAAAGUAGAUCGGAGCAGUGUUAUGAAGAAACUUGUAAGCAGAACUUUAAAUUGAGCCCUAAAUCUUAUCUGAAGCAAAUGUAAGGACUCACAGAGGGGGAGGACAUGAAAGCAUCAGAAAGAGAGGAAGAUGAGCUUUGUCAUAACCGACUGUAGAGGGGCAAGCUGGGAGCGUGUAAAACCAGUGAUAAUUGGAUUGCAGUAGUCAAGGCACAAGAUGAUCGCAACAUGGAUUAGCACUUUAGAUACGUCUGGUGUUGGGUAAGGGUGGAUGUGAGCAAUGUUUUUGAGAUGGAAACGACAGGAUCUGGUGAUGGACUGGAUGUGAGCGGUGAAGGAGAGGUUGGAAAGAAGAGAAUGCUAAGGCAGUAUGCCUGUGAGGUAGAUUGGAAGGUAGUGAAGUUGUCAUGGAGUUAGAUAGACACAUGAGGAGUAGUGUUUGAAGGAGGAAAGACGAGAAGAUCUGUUGGAUAGAAAUUGAGUUAAAGGUGCCAUUCAGUUAGCAGAGAGGAAUGGAGAGAGAUCAGGAACAGACAGGUAGAUUUGCAUGUCAACGGCAUAGAAGUGAUAUUGGAAGCGUAAGGAUCUGAUUAUGUUACCGAGGAAGGCAGUAUAGAUUUUGAACAGUAGAAGACUGAGGAUAGAACUUUGGGAAGCACCAAUAGAGGGGCUGUAGAGGAGAGCAAGAACCAGAAAAGGAGACACUGAAACAGCACUGGGAGAGAUAGGAGGAGAACCAGAAAAGAGCGAAAACCAAAAAUGGAUAGAAUGCUACCAUCAACUAAGCUCCCACAUAUGUGGGAUUCAGUAAAACAAAUGUUGUGCGGACCUCCAUUAUCCCUAGCCACUCCCUUAUACUCUCUAUACCGGGUGUACCAACCUUUAACUUUAAGGUUUGGGAAAGCCUGGGAAGUACCCAUUUAUACCAAAUGUACAGUGUACAUAGCUCAUACACCAGGGCUCGGCAAAUCUGCUGCGCCAGGUCACCAUGUUCAGCAAAGAAGCUGGCUGGCUGAAGUAGCAUUAAGGCGGCUGAUUGGCUACCUGAGGGAGAAUGCAGCCGGCCGGCUGAUUGGCUACCUGAGGGAGAAUGCAGCCGGCCGGCUGAUUGGCUACCUGAGGGAGAAUGCAGCCGGCCGGCUGAUUGGUUACCUGAGGGAGAAUGCAGCCGGCCGGCUGAUUGGCUACCUGAGGGAGAAUGCAGCCGGCCGGCUGAUCGGCUACCUGAGGGAGAAUGCAGCCGGCCGGCUGAUCGGCUACCUGAGGGAGAAUGCAGCCGGCCGGCUGAUUGGCUACCUGAGAGAGAAAGCAGCCUUCAGGCUUUUUGCAGUAAACACUGUGUUUUCAGAGAAAAUGCAGUGAUUACAUUACAGCCUAUGGAUAACGCCACUGGCCACUUCUCAGAUGGUUACUAGAGGUGCUUCCUGGGGCAGUGCUGCACACUGUAUAGUACUGCCAUUUGGUGUCUCCACCCUCUGCAUGCAGACACUGAACUUUCCUCAUAGAGAUUCAUUGAUUAAAUUCAUCUCUAUGAGGAGAUGCUUAUUGGCCAGGGCUGUGUUUGACUUGUGCUGGCUCUGCCCCGAUCUGCCUCCUUGACAGUCUCAGCUAAUCCUAUGGGGAAGCAUUGUGAUUGGCUCACAUGAUCACUUCUGAUGAUGUCAGCUUAAAAGAUAGCACACAUCAGUAAAAAUAAAUAAAUGUAUAUAUGUAUGUGUGUGUGUAUGUAUGUAUGUAUGUAUGUGUGUAUGUAGAUAUAUAUAUAUAAAUAUAUAUAUAUAUAUUUAUUGCAGAAUAUCUGUAUAGUACUGCACCCCUAACGCAAAUAAAAUACACUCACAGAUCCCAGAGCCACUGGCUCUGGGCAUAUACAGCAUACAGAACAAGAGAGUUUGGACCCACUAAAAACUUCCCCUGAAAUCUGCAGCAGUUGAGUAAUAGAAAACUUGUAAUGUUUGUAUAUUAAUAUAAAAUAAUAAGUAUAAUUAAACUCUCAUUGUUCACUGGAACUGUCCCUUCCAUGUCUCACUUAGGAUACAAAUAAAAUUCUAAACCUCUUAAAACACUCCUUAAAAAGAAAUCCCUAUAGAGAUACAUACUAAUAAUUAAAAUAGCCCACGUUUUUCUUUUUGCAAUCGGCUUUAUCUGAGCAUUCUGAUAAACUUAUCUCAUUCUUCAUCAGGUUUUAAGCUGAUGGACAGGGUCCAGAAAACCAUUACAAGUUGUUGUUUUUUUGUAAAGCAAAUUUUUCAAAGAGCAUGUCUGUCUGUCUGUCUGUCUUAUUUUCAUUUCUAAUCUACAACUAUUUUUCAACAUACUUUUCUAAAGUUGAAUAGAGGUCAUAUGGCUUGUGUAAGUGUAGGUUUUACUUCUUUUAAAGCCUUGUAUUAUAUCCCAUCCUAUGCGAGCAGCUCUGGCUGUAAAAUAUGUCUUAUACUGCAAAUUGUAGUCAUCCAGUCCUAGUGACUGUGUAAAAGUAGUUGCUUCUCUAGCAUGUCUGAGCAAGUAGCACCAGGAAUGCAGUAAUAGUGUGGAUAUGGUCUGUUUGCUUCCCUACUGUUUGAUGUUGCAGAAACUCAGGAAUCCACAUAAAACUACCUUCUUAUUAACUUCAGACAAUAAUAAAUGUAUUUUAAAGAGACUCUGUCUGGAGAUAAACUGGAGAAAAUUACUUAAAACAUUUCUUAUUAAUUAUGUCCAUGUUAAUGUCAUUCCAUUCCCAUGGUUUAAAAAUAUGUCCCAUUUUAAUAUAAAUCUAUUAUUUUAGAAAUAUAUUACAUUUUAAUCAGCUGUUAGUAAAUGACUCAGAAGAGGUUGGCCAAAAGAAUCUUACCAGUACUGCUUAUAUCACUAUUGUGCUAAUGACAUAUUUUCCACUAUCAAAUAGGCAUGUAUAUCCAGUGCUCAAAUUUGUAAGCUGUACGUUAUUAGUCAGGCCUAAAAGUAACUUGCUCCUACAAGCCUGGAGGAUCUGUGGCACACUAAUCAAGGCUGAAUUUCUAGUCGCCAUUGGCUGAAUUACUAGUGGAAAGUGGAAAUUUAGAGCCAUGUGUAUAUGUGUGCAUUUAAGUGUGUAUGUAUGUUCCUUUUAGAUAGAGUGUGUGUGUGUAUGUAUGUAUGUAUGUAUGUGUGUGUGUGUAUAUAUAUAUAUAUAUAUAUAUAUAAAAUACAGAAUCCAGCGCACUCGCUUAUUCACUAAACAAUGAUUUCAAAUCCUAGAUAUUGCAAUAGUUUUAUUUAAAAACAUCUCACCUAGGCAAAAAAUGAUGGGGGUUUAGUUACAUUAUAUGAUCAUAUAUUGCAUAAGCCCCAUAUUCGGCAGGUCCUAUCCUAGUAGCAGCCUAAUGCUUGCUCUUAUGAGAUUAAUCCACUUACUUGGGAAAUGCUUCCCCACUGGGACUCUCUGCAAGGCAAGGCUAAAUAGAGUUCUGGAAUGAGGCACCUGUAACAGGGAGGGGUGCAAAACCAAGGAGUUGGCCUGGGACUCCCAAAUAUAUAAAAGAAACCAAGAGGGCUGCACUCACCUGAGCAGCCCUCUUUGGUCCCAGCAGCACCCUAUAAUGUAAGCAUGUUCAGGUGAGUGCAGCCCUCUUGGUUUCUUUUAUAUAUUUGGGAGUCCCAGGCCAACUCCUUGGUUUUGACGGUAGAUUGACAGGCUAUGAGACUUCCGUAUUAAUUAGUAUACAUACUAAAACUUGAGGUUAACAUGUUAUGAGACAUCUGUAUUAAGUGGUUAAUAUGCUAGAACAUGGGGUUAACCAGCCAUGAGGCAUCGAUAGAUUAUGGUAGGUAGUAAUCGUGCCGUAGCAGUUAAUAUGUUAUUAACAAGCUGUGAGACAACAGUGGAUUAUAGCAAAUAAUGUACAUGCUAGGCUAGGUAUGCAUACGGUACAGUGUGAUGCUUAAGGUUAUGCUCAUAAGAGGGUAGGUAGUACUAGUAGGUUACCAGACACUCAGGCUAGUUGGCAUGGGAUUGGCUAGUAGCGGGCUCUCUAGGGACACUGCUAAUGGAAGACAUUAUUAUCAUGCAGGUAUUAGAAAUAGCAGUAUUAAGCAAAAGCGUUGGAGCGAUAAAUAUCUUGGGAGUCCAGUGUGAGUCAACUGUUUCGGCUUGGAAAGGUGCAGAGGGGGCUAGUCAGAGUUCGCUGUGUCGGUUGUAUUAAACAGUGUCCUCUGAGCAGUCUUGCGGUGUGAGUUCCCCUUCAUCCAAUACCCCUUGUGGGAAAAAUUGUUAAAUAUGCUUGUGGGUCUCGCCGGUUUAGGACAUAGUCCAGUUGCAAGGUCUCCCGUGCUGUGCCUGGUUGCCCAUCUCUGUGGGUGCUUGUAAUUAUGACGCAGGUGAGUGGUUUCCUUGUCUAAGUCUUUAUCAGGCUCCGGUGCCGCAAUGAGGGUCUGACACUCUGCUGUUGCUCAUCGGGGUUUGGUUUCAUGUGGGAUUUAGGUAGGUCCCGCAGGCACCUUCGAGGUGGUGUCACCACUCAGUGUGUUCACUUAGAGGUAGGCGGGAGAUGUCUCCGUUUUCAGCGCCUUCUUGUUCCCUUUACCUUUUAAUCAAGGUUCAGGUCGGUUGUGGUGGAGACGCAUGGGUCCCUCUCUGGGCAGGGUCAUUUGCACUUUUGCCUGCCGCUCUCUGUCUGCUAUUUUCACUCCAAAAGGCGUUGAAGAUUGCGUUCAGCCUUUUCAGCGUGUCAGUGCCAUUGUCGCCGCACUUGGCGUCCGCCAUUUUGUGGGCCUUUAUAGCUGAGGGUUGCUUGUGGGGCUCCGCCGUCUGUAUCAGCUGUGGCCUCUGUGUCUGGUGGGAUUGCCGGUCCUAAGGGGUGGGGGAGCGGGUAAGCUGUGGCUCAGUGCCCCCAGUGUAGAGGCGAGGAGAGCAGCCGCCUUCCCCCAACCCAUCCAAUGUAGGCCACCGUGGGCCACCUCUGUUUCGUGCUUGCGGGAAACACCGGUGUCUGGUAGUAGUCAGUUCUCCAAGGUGCCCCUGAUACGGGCAACGUAUCCCAGCAUCAGUUUAGGCGUCAGAUCCAUGACACUUUCCCUUUUAGUCCGCUAUGGCUUCGGGAGCUCCUCCGCCAUGCGACCGCUCAGUUUGCAGGUCAGGCCCGCCCGCCCGCCCCCCCAACACAGGUACUUUUAAAAACCCUUACAUCAAUAAGCACUUACCAUAUGGGACAUAUUUCCAUUAACGUUCCCACUGUGUCUUUAGAUUCCUCUCUAUGAUAUUCCUUUCUCAUGCUCAACCACACACUAGCUGGACAAGAUGCGUACAUUCCAACAUACUUUCUAACAAUUAAUUACGCUUCUAUUCCCCUACAUUCAUUAGGGAUAGAUCAACUGGCUGUUAAGAGUAUUGGUGUGGGCCAUGUCAUUGUAUAUUUAUAAUUCAGUCAUGCAAGGCCUACACCCAUCCUCAUGCUGAGGUAUUCAUCCAACGGCCCAACUCAUAGCAAGAGCCUUGCUCCUACCUCUCUAGGUUUUAGAUAGGGCCUCACAUGUCACGGCCACUUCUCUGAAUCUCUUACUUGUCACUUAGAGGCCAACAUUUCUGCCACAUAGUUCGGUGGCACAUAGAGCCUCUCAGAGUCACUUGGCACUUAGUAGGGCUUCACCUUUCCCUCAUUUAACUUAUUUUUCGCCAUUCGACACUAUGCAAGCUGCCAGUUGGUAUACUAUCACCUACAUGACUAUCACAUUUACUCUACAUAUCAAUCCAGGCUCCCCAGCCAAACCCUCCACCUGACCUAGUCCAUGCACUUCAGCCAUAACCCAGGUUACCUCAGCCCCACUUCCUUGCGAUCUUGUACCGUUCCACUUUUACCACUGAGCUCAGACAUAAAGGAGUGCCAUUCCCUUUUUUGGCUCAGAAAACUGUGCUGUAUAGACUCUGGUUUAUAGCUCUGGGCUACCCUACCUUGUGUCAGCACCUAAGCUGGAAAACACAGAGAGCAUGACGGGGAUGUAGUAAAUAGUAGAGAACCAAAGGUGUCACUCGAAUAGAAAGUGACCACAAGGUUAAAUUUCCGGAUGGUUGAUUAAGGCAUAGCAUAUUUAAACUAUUCUAGUUUGUAGUCACAUUCACGUUUGCCCCUGAGGACGGUGUAUUAUCACUCCAAAACGCGCGUUGGUUUUUUUUCACUGGUCUCUCUGUUAUGGAGCACCUUAUCACUAUGCACGCACUCUUUUCACUUUAUUUAUUUGAAGAUUUUUAUUUUUUUGUCUUUUAGUACUUAGACAGUGAUUGAGAACUUGAGGGAAUUACCCUAGAUGGAGUAUAAGCAUAGAACACCCAUGAAGGUGUUUACGUAAGAUUUAGGGUCUAGAGACUAGGGACACCUUUACCAGAUACCUCUAGUAUUUAUAGAGAGGUGGAGUCAUUUGUAUAUAUCCCUAUCACCUAUCUCCUUGUAUAUAUACCCCUCAUGUUAUAUAUUUUUUCCUGUGCUUAUUUCCCACUGUUUAGCAUAUCUCUCACUAUUCCUUUGUGUUUUGACUUUUGCCUCUGGAUGAUUACACUACGCUCUGUUGUAGCCAGUGUUAUAUAGAUUUCCAUGAGGGCUUAUAAACAUAAAGGUGGAGAUUGCUACUUUUUCUGUUAGUUCUCAUAUCGUUUCAUUUGUAUCCUGUGGAGUUAAUGUGGCAUGCUUAAUUACCAAUCAUUAGCUAUUGAGCAUAUCACUUGGUAUUAAGACAGCUAUUUAAGAAUUUAAGUGCAUUUCUUUUUCUUCCCCAUAAGCAUAGAAUAUCUAUGAAGGUGUUUACAUGAGACUGAAGGUCUAGAGACUAGGGAUACCCUUACCACAGAGCUCAGGUAACCCUAGAGAGGUGGAUUUAAUUGGUUAUAUCCCUAUUACUUAUCUCUCUGUAUAUACCCUUCUUUUUAUAUAUUUUUACCUGUGUGCUUUGUUCUCACCAUUUAGCAUAUCUCUCACUAUUCCUUUUAUGUUUUAGUUUUUGCUUCUGAAGAUUACACUAGGCUCGGUCGUAACCAGUGCUGUAUAUACUUCCAUGAGGGCUUAAACACAUAAAGGGGGAGAUUGCUAUCUCUUCAGUUAGUUCUCAUACUGCCAAUCCAUACCCCUUUGGAACUAGUGUGGUAUGCUUUAUUAUUGACUAUCUAUUAUUGAGCAUCUCACUCAGGGCUGUUCCCCCUCAUAUCAGGCUACACUGUUUAAUUUGUCCUAGUACUUUUUAGAGUUACUAAUAAAGUUAUUUUGUUAUUUAUUAUUUUCUCCUUUAAGAUCUUAUUGGAGUGGAUUGGAAAUUUAACCUUGUGGUCACUUUCUAUUCAAGUGACACCUUUGGGUCUCUACUAUUUACUGUAUUCCCUAGGGUUAUCCCCUACUUUUGCAGUCUAGGUGACCUUUUUUCGUGGGUUAGGUAUGGGAUGAGGGUGUUACACUAAACCUUGACCGCUCCCCUUCUUUUAUGACAGGGAUGUAGGCCAUGAUGGCUCCCAUCGUUUCAUCUUUAUGAAUAAUUGUUGACACCAGUGACGUUUAGAAUUCCCUGACUUUGGACAUUUUAUCAUCCCAUGUAGUACCCUAAUGUUAUUAUCUGUACAGUAAGUUCCCCUGUCCUUAGGAAGGACAUAGCUACGAGAAUUGUUAGUAGUUCAAAGCUAGGGAACACAGGUGAACACAUUUUGACUGUUCCGUAUUCAUUCUCACCUUUUGUCACUAAGAGCCAUCUCCCUCAAUAAUCACACUUCCCCUCCUCUAAUUGAGUUAAUUACAGGUGUCAUUUCACUUCUAUCAGGUAUUAGGAUUUGUUCUAAGCUCCAAUCUAUUAGUUAAGACUCAUACAACUUAAGUACUAUAAGUAGCUGAAUCAAGUAUUGGUUUCUUGCUGGGGCCUUUUAAGAACCCUUUUAUUUGCGGGUGAACUUACCAUAUUAGCCUAAUCAAUGGGAAUCACAAUAAUUCCUGCGCAAUUUUAUCGGCUCCUUGUUCUUUUAAGUUCUCAGCAUUAGGUCAUGGUGUUUGGCCUAUCUUAAGGGCCACAGAAGCAGCCUUACUAGGAAAAUGCCAUAUUCCUCAUCUUCAAGUUGCUCCCAGUGCAUCAGUCCCAGUGGCAUUUGCACGAUAUUUAGAGAACUGAGUAUUCUACUUUGCCACCCGUUUUAUGUUUGGAGCGAAGAGAUGCCCAAACUACUCAAUAUAGUUGCAUAAUCUAUCUGUAGGCUCCUCUUAUACAUCAGUACUCAGUAAUCUACAUGAGGGUAUCGAUUAUGGAACCGAAUGGCAUACCCUGAAGCAGAUGUGUUUUUUGUAUCUGGUACAUCCUUUGGAACUUGAUCAACCUUUGAUCAACCUUUGGCCCCUACACUAAUUUUAAUUUCAGGAAAUACAUUAGACUUGAGAUCAUUGCAGUUCAGCAACCCUGCCGCCUAAGUCCAACAUAUCAAGGAAAGGGAAAAUCCUUUCUGGGCAACGAUGCCUGUUUCCCAUAUAGAUCUCAGGUCUCUCCUUGGUCUGCUGAACUUUAGCAUGCACCUUACAUAAGGGAGUACAUUAAUUUACCAUCCACUCAACCUGCUCCCAGGUUCACAUGUCAACAAUAGCACUGUUACAUUCAACACAUGCUUGAGCAGUCCUGUCCAUGUUGCUAAACUUUCUAUCUCACCAGAACAGGGAAACCAUGUUCACUCCACCAUUGUCCCUCAUUUCUGGACUAAUACAGCCACCUACACUGUAUUGCAGCCAAUUUCAUAGUUAACUGGGUCUUUGACACAUUUCCCAUAGUGAAACCUACACUGAUUAGUAAAUCAGCAGCAUGGGAAUUAUUACCGGUCAGUCCCCCUCAUUAACAAUAAUAAGGUUGAUUAGGAAGAUAUCUGGCUGGCAGCAUCACAGAAACACUACUUUGUGACUCGAUCACAAUUUUUCUUAUUCUUCUGAACUCUCCCUACAGUGGCCAAACGAGAUACUAAACCCCUACAGUCCAGGAUUUAAUUGAUGGCACACGCAACACUGUCUGCCAAUGCCACCUGUUCAUGCGUUGGGCUCUGGCCAUUUUUUUUUUUUUUUUUUUAUAAUUUUAUUUUUCAUAAUAUUUUCUUAUAUCUUUACAAACAUUCCUUUUAAAUUACAAUUCAUGCAUUCAAUAUUACAAAAAAGGGCUCUGGCCAUUUUCAAUAGACUUACUAUCGCAUAUGAAAUCAUCAAACCAUUCGAUUCCAUGAAGGCAUUCACAUAUUUUUUGCCAUCUCAACCUUUAACUAGCUCACAACACCUUAAAGUGACUCGAAUACAACCGUUAACAUUUUUAGGUCAUGCUAAAAGAAUACACGCUGCUCCUACUACCUCUAGUAAUAUCCCAGAAUGUAUAAUCUAAUGGGUGGGACCAGGCCCGGACUGGCCAUCGGGCAUACCGGGCAAAUGCCCGGUGGGCCGCGAUGGCCGCGGGCGUAGGCCGGCAGGGGAGAUCACGGAAUCUCCCCUGCCAGCCCCUGCAGGGCCAGCGCUACCCGAGCACCAGCCCUGCUGUGUGCCUCCAUGGGCCGGUGGGGAGAUCAAAGAUCUCCCUCACCAGCCCAGAGGCAUGGAGAUGCUGCCGCCGGCUGGGGAGGGAGAAAGGGAGGCAGGAGAGAGGACCGGCGGAGCUCUAACCAGCAGCUCCGCCGGGUCCUCUCGCGGGAUUCUGAGCGUCAUCGCUCAGAUCUCGCGAGAGUGAACUCUAGCCUGCAGGUUAGAGUUCACUCUCACCACUAGGGAUGGCAGCAUGGUCCCCCAUCAUGGCAGAACGGCUCCCCCCCCUCCCAGGCUAAAGGUAAGAAGGGAGGGGGGGAUGUAACUUUUUUUUUUUAAAUUAUUAAAAAAUAUAUUUUAAUUUAAAUAAAAAAUAAAUUCACACCCACACACAGCAUCCCCAGACUCCCCCCCAGACUCCCCCCCAGACACCCCCCAGACACCCCCCCAGACACACACAGCACCCACAGACACACACAGCAACCCCAGACAUACACACAGCAACCCCACACACACACACAGCACCCUCAGACACGCAGCAACCCCAGACACACACACAGCCCCAGACACACACACACGCACCCAGACACACACAGCACCCCUAAGACACACACAGCACCCCCACACACACAGCACCCCAGCACUCAGACACACACACAGCAACACACACAGCACCACACACACACACACAGCAACCCCAGACACACACACCACCCUCAGACACACACACACAGCACCCUCAGACACACACACAGCAACCCCAGACACACACACAGCAACCCCAGACACACACACAGCACCCUCAGACACACACACAGCACCCCCAGACACACACACAGCACCCCCAGACACACACACAGCAACCCCAGACACACACACAGCACCCGCAGACACACACACAGCACCCUCAGACACACACAGCGCACCCUCAGACACACAGCACCCUCGCUCACACACACAGCACACUCCCACACAUAUAUAUAUAUUAUAUAAAAUAACCCUCAGUGAGUUAACAAAGAAAAUUAGAAACCUAGAAUGUGAUGGCAGAUAAAAACACCUCAUACACAGCACCCCUCUUGCAUACACACACACUGCGCCCCUCACACAUACAAUACGUCCAAAUAUAUAUAUAUAUAUAUACACACACACACACACACACUACAGCACCCCUCACACUGCAUCACUACACACAUUACGCUCCAGAUACAUGCUAGAUCCCUUACCCUAUAUGCACUCUUAAUCCUCUAUACACACACACACACAAUCUCCUAUACACACUCAGGGUCCUUUACACACUAGAUCUCCUACACACACACACACUGCACCACCUACACACACACUACAUUCCUUGUCAGCAAACACAUACAACAUUCUCUAAACACACCCUCUCUACAACCCCUACACACACUACAGCCCGUAUACACACACUCGCUACAUACCCUAUAACACUGUGCCCCCUAUACACACACUCUCUACAGCCCCUAGCCACACAUAUUACACCACAAACACAAAUGAAAUUGACCUAUUUACAAAAUACCACACCACACUCUACACACACGCAAUCCCACAAGCAGGUUUCAAACACAUGCACCAUACACUUUCCUGGCCCUUUUGUCUUCUGGUAUCCCACUUGUGGAGACACCAGAGACAAUUUAAAAGCAAACACAGCGCAAGCAUGUUAAUAAAUUUGCUUGCGCUGCGCAGAACAAAUACAGGGCCUUUUUCUAAUGCCAGAGUUCUUCAGCAGGGCUCUGCGCAUUGAACCAACAUGCUCACUUUGACAGCGGGCCUGCUUGUCAUUAGUGAUGACAAAACACACCCUCUCUGGCCCCGCCCCCUUCGUAGGGGGCCGCUCUGAUUGAAAAAUGCCCGGGCCUAAUUUUUUUCCCAGUCCGGCCCUGGGUGGGACAGUAGAGUCAUCUGCAUAUGCCAUACAUAUCCCUCAACCUGAGAGGGAAUUAAGGCAUGGAUUUAAGUAUUGGUUAUAUAAUGUCAACACAUAUUCAGUGUUAAACUUUUUGCCCUCUUUUACAGGCUUGCCCAAACGUUGAUUCCAGCACACCACAACCGACUUACAUCACCAUUACUCUAACUCGACUUAUAGUAUACGACCACAAAUGAGAAGGCUGAGCCAUUACACAAAGUCUGUAAUUGUGGGAGGAGUUAUCCGGCCUAUAAAUACACAGACGUUCCCUUCCUCUGGGCUGAGACUGCCCACCUACCACUCCCUUUAUUAAGCCAUUCAUCUUGGUGGGUCCUCUUUUACAGACCUACGCGAACAUUGGUUCCAGCACACCACAAAUGAACAAAGAAUGACACUUGUGGCUGGGGGUGUAGCCAGGGGCAGGGCUGUUCUGAAACUGUUUAAGUGACUUACUAAUGACUUAAUAAUAACAAUUUGUGCAACAAAAAUGCAGUUUAGAACAAGAACAAUGUAUCUUAUUUACACAGACUGAUUUCUAAACAUAUUUAUUGUAGUUUAAAGACCCAUUACUGUAUUAGUUCUACAGUACACACCAACAAUACAGAGCUACUAUACACCCUGUUCCAAAUUAUUAAGCAAAUGAUAUUUUUUUCAUUUACCUAAAUAAUUGAUGUAAAUAACAGUCAGCAUAAUUCUCAUGUUAUCAACUAUUAAGAGUACAAUUCAAAUUUUAUUGAACAAACCUCCUAAUGAUAACAGUAUUUUUUUUUAAACAUAAAAAAAACUUACAAUGAGAAAAAUAAUUGACUUGGAGAAUUUUUCUGGUUUGGCUAUUCAACCCUAAACUGUGAUAUUCACUUUUUAAAUUUCACUUUGAGUUCAUGUCAAUUCGAAAUUGUACGUUCACUUAAACAUAGAUUAUGGACUUCAUUUACUAAAGCACAACAGGCAUUUCUUUGGCUUUCCAGAAAGUUACACUGAAAUUGCUUCUAUUCAGACCACAAUUGCUUCAUAUAAAACCAUAGACAUUACAACACAUAUUGUUGUUCUCUAAAUGGUGGUGUAUUUUCUAGGCUAAACUUGUUUUUUGUUUUUAUGAUGUAAUUGCUAGAUAUAGUGAGACUAGACCUAGUGAACUUUUCCCUGUUCUCAUAUUCUGUUUCAAUGCAUUUGCUUAGGCUCUUCCUAAGUUAAAAUGGUAAUCCAGACAUGGACCCUAUGCAUACUGUGCCUAUAGGGGUGAGUUACACUUAACUUAUGAGGCCCAAUGGAGACCAAAUCGAUUAUCUGGAAUGCUCUAUCUCUCAAGCAGAGGGAACUAGAAUUUCAGAUCUACAUGCCCUUAUCAGCAAUAUCAGUCAGCUAUUCAAUAACAAUAGGUUUCCGCUUGUGUAAUAACACAAGUGAGCAAAAACGUUUUUGAGAACUGGACAGGGAAAGAGAAGGCUAUUGAGGUUUCAGAGAUUUUGCCCAUUCUCCGAAUUCUCAUAUUCUCUCUGUGUUUGGUUUUGUGUUUUUGGAGAUUAUAGUUGAUUUUGGGGUGAUCACCUGCAACGUAGCGGGAACAAAUGAUCAACUAUUGGGAAAGGGCAAAAUCUGGUUCUGAAAACCAGAACAGGCCCUUCUCAAAUGUGCUUAGAAUUUACAAACUUACCUGUCCAUAUUAAUGAUGAUUAAUUUUUUUUUAAACAAUGUAUGUAACUAAUGCAUGACAUCUCCAUCAUAAUUAGAAAUGCUUGCUGACCCUAUGCCUACUCUGGCAAAAUAUACAGUAUGAAGGAGGGGAAGGGCGGCGAGGGAGCUCUUCUGUUCAUGCCCUGGCAGCAAGAAUCCCUUGCACACACUUGUGCCAGCACAAAUGCUAGCAAAUGUAUGUUCUAUGACUCCCUGUUGCUGUGUUACACACCCAGUAAGUGUUUCUCACACUCACUGGGGAAGUAUGGAAUGAACUAAUGUCAAUGUGCUUGCAGUAAAGCAAGCAUGUUAGCAUACCUCCCAACAUUGGCCUUCCCAGAAUCAGUACAGAGAGUAAAGUGGACAGGUCAGUGACGCAUACCCACCAAAAAAGGGAGCAUGCCCACCCACAUUACUAGCAGGUCAGCCUGCCAAUCAUUUUAGCCAGUCCAUUGAGGGCAGACUCUGCAGGGAGCACUGUUACUAUGCUUCCUGCUUGGUCCUCAUGCCAUAAACAUAGCACAAGCACUUCUGUGAUGCGCCAAUGCUAUGAUUUUUGGAGGACACCAGAGGACUAAGUCAGGAUGGCGGGACUGUCCUUCCAAAAUCAAGACAGUUGGGAGGCAUGUGUUAGCAUCAACAUGGAGGAUUACUCUCCUUGGGUUAGGGUACCCAAGCAGAGUCAAUCACUCCACACUCACAAACCCCAUAUAUAAUCACACUCAGCCAACCAGACACAUGCACACAAUAACACUCAGCCACUGCACAUAUCCCAUUCAGGUAUAUUACUUAGGGGGGAGCAAGGAAGAGCGAUGUAGUGGGCCCUUCUUUGAUUCUUGCACUGUGGUCUUCUGGUUCCUAGUUAUGCCACUGAAGUUAUUAGUUAUGUUAAUAUACUCUUGUUUUAAUAUUUGACAGCUUCAUUUUAUGGAGAAAGUUAUAUUGAGUUAAAAACAGAAGAAUCGUUCUCCACAUCAUCUCUUCAACUUCGAUUCCGUACAAGCAAGCCAAAUGGACUACUCUUCCUCGCAGCUGGGAAGAAUGACUACUACUUACUACAGCUAUACACCGGACAUGUUCAGGUAUUAUGUGAAAGUUAUUGCUUUACUUUAAAGAUUAAAUAAAAUCCAUGUUAUUUAAACUUUGAUUUUGAUUUAUCCAUUCUGAACAAGUGCUUUCCCCCCCUCCCCCCCCACUAACACCUACCUCUCACAUGUCAAAGGAUUCAUGAUUAGAUUUCUCUCACAUUUUGGGCAUAAACUUUUCAUUUUGGCGAAACCUGUAUUUUUAGGACUUUUGCUAUUGCGGGAUGAAGGUCACAUUCACCCUUUAGACGUAACGAUUACAAUUACUCCUUUAGACGGUGUACGGCAUUUGCCAAUAAAACACCUGCUUUAUCUUUCUUUUUAAAAUAUAAUUCUACUUUUCUUCAUUUUAAUCUAACCUUUUGUAGGUGGGUGUGGAAGCAGUAGACACACAAACACCUAGUGGAAACCAUUGUGCAAUAGUCACUAUUCUCUCCAAUGGAUUGUAUGCUAGUAGAUCAACAUUACAAGAAAAGAACUAGCAGACACUGGUUGCCAAUGCUACUGGCAGCUAAAUGUAAUUGACAAAAUCUAAUUUAACUUAAAAAUUACUGACUCAUCAAGACCCCAAUAGUACCACAGGGAAUAAACAAACAAUUUUUUUUUUUAAAUAGCGUGGCAAUCUCAAGAAGUCUCUAGUAACCAGCUAUAAGUUUUUUCCUUUUUUGUCUAUGGAAAUACAGUUCAAAUAUUUUAAAAUGACAUUCUUUACAAUGCAAAAAUCUAAAAGGUAUUUUAAAAAAGGGUUGUUUGGUUUACUUGUUAAUUCAAUACAUCUCACCUAUAACAUGUUUUUUUUUUAUUUCCAAUUUUGCUAGUUUUACAACUAUUGUUGUUUUUUUACUUCAUUGUACUAACAGAACCGCCCAUGAAGAUUGGUUCCGAGUAAGUUGGCUCCCUCAUCUAUAAUAGCCAUGCAUAGGAUAGAGCAUUCAAACACAAUCAUCGUGAUAAAAAGAUCAAGAUCAAUUGUUAUUAAAGUGGCUUGUACUACCACCUAGUGAUUGAAAUGAGAAAUAAGAAAUUAAUGUAUGACAGUAGUAGAUUUCUAUCAAGUAGUGUAAACGUGUAUCCACAUAGUGUUACAUUGUUAAAAGCUACAUAAUCACAAUUGCAGAGAUCUUGGUUUAUAUUAGGGAUGUGCAUGGGAAAAACAUUUGGUUCGGUUCGGCACUUUUGGAAUUCAGGACUUCAGCACUUCGGGAAUUCGGGACUUUGGAAAUUCCCUAACCCUACCCCUAGCCCCAACCCUAGAGGGAGGGAAAUUUAAGGGAAUGAUGAUAGAAAUCUAACCCUAACACUAGUAGGGUUAGGGUUGCAGGUAGGGUUAGAUUUCUGUCAUCAUUCCCUUAAUUUUCCCUCCCUCUCCCAUUUUGCAAUUUUUCAGAAAUCCGAAGCACUUCAGCACUUCCGAAAUUCGGCACUUCGCAAUUCGGUUCAGUUCGGCACUUCCAAAAUUCAGCAAUUCGAAGCAAAAAGCAUCCGAAUGUCCGAAUUGCCAAAAUUCGUCCGCAUUUAAAUUCGGACCAAAACUAAUUGUUUUCUUACUUGUAUCAAGGAUUAGUAGACAGAGCCCAAUGUGCGUUAGCAGGCUAAAACUGAAAUCAAGGCAAGGUACUGGCAGAGAAAAAACAACUGCAUCGUCAGGAUAGCGAGAGGUCAGGCAGCACUAGUUCAGAAAUGCAUAACUGGAUAAAUACCAGUAAGACACGCAUAAUCAAUGGGAGCAAAAAAGGACAAUUUAACUGAACAAGGAGCACAGUAACACUGAGCAAGGAGCAUUUGGAGAGCAGUCUACUUAUAGGGAGAAGAAAGUACGCCUCCCCCAUGUCUUGCUCACAUUAACAAAACACGUCCUGAGACAAGAACUCCCCCUUUAACAUGCACAUGGCUAGGGACAUGCCUAGGGAAUAUUGUGGUAUGAAGAGUGGAUCACAAUCUUCCGAAAUGAACGUCAAUCGGGUUGGAUCGCAAGUUACGACACUCAGCCAAAUGUAGUGCAAAUUUGUUCUUUUGUUGGAAGAACAGACCUCUGGGAGAAUCUCGACUGAACCAGGAUUCACUAAUAGUCCAUACCCUGCAGGGAGAGAAGAUGGAUACAGCGUGGGAGCUAGAGGUAGGUGUGGGGCUGAAUGGGAGCCUGACAAUUUGACAUCAUUUUUUGUUUCUCAUUCUGUGUCUGUGUACUGUUGCCUGUAAAAAACAAUUUUAAACAGCAAUUUAUACAUAUUCAUAAACCAUUAUUAUGUUUUUCACCUUUCAGGUAAAAAUUAAGCUUGGGAAAAAUGAACACAUCAUCCUCCUUGACCAGACACCUCGAAUCGAUGACUUGGAAUGGCACUUCGUUACAUUAAAUCAUAAAAAUGCUGAUGUUGUUCUUAAUGUUGACACAAAUUACAAAUCAAGUAUAAAAAUUUCUGGAGGAUCUUAUAAAAUCAAUGUGCAACAUGGACUUUAUGUUGGUGGAAUUGGUGACCUCAAUGCCCCAUACAAAAAUCAAGUUCAUGGUUACUUCAGAGGAUGCUUGGAUGAUGUUGUAUUCAAUGAGCAUAAAUUACUUUCCUCUCUGAGACCAUACCCUGGUUUGAAAAGUGUCUAUGAAGUAUCCCUCGGUUGCAGCGAUGAGUUCUUCAUCACUGAAGAUGACCCUAUCAACUUUUUCAGCUCCAAGUCAUACAUAGCUUUUCCGUCUUGGAAUGUUGGGGAAGGAGGAAUCUGGGAAUGCUUACUGCAGACCUCCAUUGGAAGAGGGUUACUGCUUUAUCAUACAGGAAAAAAUGGAUAUUUUGUUUCAUUGGAAGUUCAAGACUGGAUAGUAAAAGCUCGUAUAGGAAAAGGGAAAAAUGUAGUCCACCUUUCCUCUAUCAAAACCAUUACAGAGAACAAGUGGCAUUCACUUAAACUUAAGAUCACAGCGAACCAUCUGCAUCUGACAGUAGACCAAGAAUCUGCAAAGGUGUUGCUUGCUUCUCCAUUAAAGGCUAAUCAGUUGAAUGGAUCAUUGUAUGUUGGUGGUGUAGAUGAUGCUUCACGUCCUCAUAUAAUUAGCUUAGGUCUACCUGCAGUUUCUGGCAAGCAUGCAAAAGGUGGUUCAUAUAAAGGCUGCAUGAAAAACCUAAGAAUAAAUUCUGUGAAGUAUGGACUGAAACAUGUGCUGUCUAGUAAAGAUAUCUCUCCUGGCUGCAAAACUGAAAUAAUGCAAGUCUUGGAAACCAAAACAGUAUCUAUUACAACUGUUGCUCCAAUUACCAGUUUAGUUACCACCACUUUUGUGGCCAAACAUAAUAUUAAAGACCGAUACCUCAUUUUGAAUAAUUUAAUCAUACAGGAGGGAGGAAGAGCUGCUCUACUGUCUAAACAUAUCAAACUCCAACUGGAUUUUAAAAAGCUGGGGCUCCGUCAGUCUCAAAUUGUAUUUCGUAUAGUGGAACAUCCACUGCAUGGACAGUUCAAAAUAGACGUCCCAUCCCAACAAGAGAAGGAUAUGUUCACAAUGUUAGAUUUAUGGCAUGGAAGAAUUACCUAUAUUCAUGAUAGUUCUGAGGGAACAGUGGAUCAUUUUAGUUUUUCUGUUUCCACUACAAGCAAGAAUGAAAUGCCCUCAUACUUGCAAGGUUCAGACAUAUAUGUUUUCAAUAUUACUGUCACCCCAGUAAACGAUGCUCCUGAACUCAUCCUUCCAGAAGGCAAUCUUUUUGUCUUACUGGAAAACUCAAAGAAGCCCCUCACCGCUAGUCUUCUUAAAAUUAUAGAUGUAGAUACAGAGCCACAGAACUUAAAGUUAGUGGUUCUUGGUAACCUCAACCUAGAUGCUGGAUUUUUAGAAAACUUGAAAAAUCCUGGAAAUGCAGUUACCACAUUUUCUUAUUUUGAUUUGCUUGAAGGGAAUGUAUUUUAUGUUCAUCAUGGGGUGAAGAACUCUAGAUUAGUGCUGAGAGUAGUUGAUGGAGACAAGGUGAGUAAUACAAUAGUACUCAGAAUUUUAGCUGUUCCUCUUGAAUUUAAUGUUGUGAACAACACUGGCAUUGAAGUAAUGCAAGGUGAAAGUUCUUUAAUACAGACCAGCAAAUUAGCAGUGGAAACAAAUGCUGGGAAUCAAGAGAUUGAAAUUAGAUAUGAAAUAACUGAAAUGCCAAAGUUUGGUGAAAUCCAAAGAAAAAGUUCUGGAAAUGAGUGGAAGGUCACUGUCUCAUUUACCCAACGUUCUCUUGAACGUGAGCGAGUAAGAUAUCUUAGCACCUAUAAAGAAGUACAAGAAACCAAUGUGGUCGAAUACUUUAAAUGUAAAGUCAACAUUGGAAAUAAAUCAAGUGAAGAAUUUAUAUUUCCUAUUCGUGUUUCAUGGAUUAAUUUUACAUUAGUCAGAAAUACCCCUUUAAAAAUUGAGAGUACCAAAAAGGCAUCUCUUAGUACAGAAAACCUAUAUGUUAUUCUAGAUGGAAUAACAGUACCAGAAAAAGACAUUUGUUUUAAAGUAUUGUCCCUGCCAAAAAAAGGAAAUCUGUUGGUUAAUAAUAAGAUUUUAAAGAAAAAUGCAAAAUUCUCCCAGGUAGAUAUCACAAAUGGAAAAUUGGAAUAUGAACUGUUUGAUCGACCGAAUCAAGACUCCCAGGAUUUGUUUAGUUUUGCAAUAUUCACGAAACAUGCAGAGUCAAAACCUCAUAAUUUUAUCAUUCUCCUGAAAGCUGACAUGAACGCAAUUAUUGUCACUAACACAGGUUUGACGUUACCAGAAGGGGAUGCAAAACUCAUAACCAGACAGCUGCUUUUUGUGCAAACUUUGAAUAAUAAAACCUUCAACUACAAGAUUUUGAAAAGCCCCCAACAUGGCAGUCUCAAAUUAAUAAAUUUUUCAGACUCCCAACUGAGCAACAGUAACAUCACAGAAUUUUCAAGCCAAGAUAUUGUAGGUGAACGUUUAAUGUAUGUCCACGAUGACUCUGAAACAACGUUUGAUACAUUAACACUCAUAGCAUCUUCUAUAGUGUCUGAGAGAAUUGUUGGUGAAAAUGCAGUUUCUUUGCAGGCAGAAAUUGUCUUUAAUAUAUCCAUAGAACUGAAAAAUGAUGAAAAACCUGUCCGUGUGGUUGAUAAACUCUUUCACGUUGUUCGGAAUGGACAGAGGCUAGUCACACUGGACGAUUUGUGCUACCAUGACCCUGAUACGGAUUUUGAUGACAAAGAGUUAAUAUAUACAAGACGUGGUAUUCCCAAUGGAGACUUGGUAUCCGCUGAUGAUUCUUCUAAAAAACUUUACCAGUUUACCCAAGAGAACUUGGACAAAAAACAAGUCCUUUACAUACACCACGGAAGUGAUUAUGGGCGUUUUGUCUUGUUUAUUACUGAUGGAAAACAUUACACCUCAUCGCUACUAGAAGUUAGUGCAUCAGAUCCAUUCAUUAAAGUAGUAAACAAUACUGGUCUACUGGUGCAGAAGGGGAAGGAGAUUAUAUUGACAACAUCUAACUUCAGCUGUGUGACAAACCUUUACAUUUCAGGAGAUGAAGAGAUUGUAUAUCAUGUAAUUUUGCCACCAAAAUAUGGACAGAUUCGUGUACAGAAUCUUUCAUCCAAUUAUUUUAAUCACCAAGACCUAAAGUUGGGUCAAGUAGUUUAUAAACAUGAUGACCGCAAUAAUCUAAUGGACACCUUUAACUUGACAGUAAAAGUCAAGUCUAUAGUUCUGAAUGUUGAGGUUAAAGUUCGUGUGUAUUUAGAAAGCCAUCAAAGAUUGCCAAAAGUUUUGCACCUGAACAGUCUUCUAGUAGAAGAAGGAAAGCCAGUUAAAAUUGACAAAGAACAUUUGCAGGUGAGAUUGUAAAAAGAAAAUACAUUUUUACUUGGGGAACAUAAUUCUAUUAAUGAUAACUGGUGCAUUUUCAAGCAGAGGGUUUUAGGUGCAUCUGUCAUCUAAAAAAUGUAACGUUAACAAGUUCAUAUUCACUGACUGCCCCUGUUGACUUCCAACACAUUGCAAAAUGUGCUGAAUGCUCAACAUUAUAACAUGCUUUGUGUGUGUGUGUGUGUGUGUGUAAAAAAUAUGAAAUCGGUGUAGCGCUCUAUACAUACAUAUAAUAUGGUUGAGCCUAAUAGGAUAGUCAGGCUUCCAAAUGAGGGUAGUUCCAGUGUCUUAUAAAGUCCACCUAAAAUAGGCAAAGAGAACUCUAAUAGUGUAACACUGUAAAUUAAACUGAUAGUAAGAGUCAAAUGUAAUAACAAACUCACAUUCUUCUGAGCUUAAUGCCAAGCUCAGGAAUAAGUGCAUAUAGGUCCGUACAGGCGACCUUCCCCUUCUUCUUAUUAGGUGUUUGUCUCAGAUCGUCUCUAGGACUCAAAUAAAACAGAUAUAUAGUGUAGAAUGUCUGUAUACAGUAUUACUAUUUAAAGUGUAUAGUAUACUCACAAAAAUGGAGCCUCUAUAUCGGCUCUGUCUCUGCACGUUGAAUAAAAUGUAGAACUUUUCAAAGCAGGAACCAGGAAAAGCCCAUAUAGUAUUUUAAAAAGUAUAAAUAAUUUAUUAAAUUACAAGGGUAUAAGGAACCCCCUAUAGUAAAUAAAAACGCCAAAAUACCAAGCGCUGAAAAAUUAAAAAUAAACAAAUAAUAAACAAAUGGGCAUAACAAUAUCAUACACUUCUUUCCAGAACGCGUUUCGCCGUAACUCCGACGGCUUCCUCAGCUGGAUCCAAUGUGUCUUUUCGAAGUGAAGUCAUCCUGCUUAUAUAGUCCUCCUCUUCUGCUGUUUAAAAAAGCGCGCGAUUAUUUUGUGGGUGUCCGCUCAAUGAUUGCGUUCCACGCCUCUAUUCUUGUCCAAAUCGCUUCCGCAUAUGACGUCCUUUCUCUCGGUCAUGUGAUCGGGCAUUUACAUGUAGAUCUCAUUCAGCAAGUCCAACAAUUAAUAAAAACGAGGAAAAAGUGAAGGUGGUAAUGAGCAUAUAUUGCUGUACCGAAAAAGAGCAAUCAUUAAAUUUAAUAAAUAUACAGUGUACCAAGUAAAAAUAUCGUUAAAUUAGUGAUUGAGUCACAUACCCAGAAAGGCUAUAUAAACCUAGAAUCUACAAUGGGUUCCCCUCUUUACUACCUUUCAGUGGUAAUAUUAUAAUCUUACUGGCAUUCCUUCUAUGUACAGUUUUAUCAUAUGCAAAGAUAUAACAAUGACAAAAAACGUAUUACAUGAAAUGACACAAAUGAAUUCAUACAAUGUAUCGUGCUAGUUUCUCAUAAUGAAUCCCUAUCACUAUAAACUAGUUACAUAGAAUAGCUCAAAAGGGUUAUACAGUAUAACUUAAUAUCCUUAUUGUCGAUUCUAUUUUACUACAAUGAAGUCCUAAAUUUUAUCGGCUUAUGCCGGGACUAUCUAUUAAAAAAAAAAGAAAAGAAAAAAAGGGAAGAUAAACAAAAUAAUAUGCCAUAGAAAACAAAAUAACCCAUAAAGGCUGAAAAAAGGGCGAGAGAAUUAUAUAUUCUGACGCUCUAAAAAUUCCUGCUAAAAAUAACUUAUAGAAUAAAAAAUCUCGUAUAGGGAGUGGUGAGACAUACCUAACUAUCAUUCCAAGGGAGAAAAAAUGUGAAGUAUAUGAAAUAGCACAUGGACUUAUUCCUAAAAAAUAUAUCAUGAAGAGUGAAAUAUAAAUAUAGAAAAAAAGAUAUGAAUAGUAUUCCAUUCAUAUUCAUCUUAUCUUGCAAAGCAAGAAUAUGUGAACUGUGGAAAAUAUUGGAGAUUGGGACGAGCUCGACUAUCCUUCCAAAAAAUGGCAAAUUUCGAAAUCCGCGUUAAGGCCAUUGGGGAUAAGAGUAUUAAAUUCAAAGAUAAUGCGCAUUUCUUCCCUGCUGAGUUUCUGAUUGAAGUUACCUCCUCUCCAAUCUUUUGAAACUUUUUUAAUACCUAAAAAUAAUGUACCUAAAGGGGACUGAUUAUGGAAUUGUUUAUAGUGUGCUGAUACACUAUGGUUGUCAGCACCUCUCAUGAUGUUUCUGCUGUGCUCCUCUAUCCGAAUGUGUAGGGCUCUGGUUGUUUUCCCCACAUAAUUCAGACCGCAGGGACACUGCAGAACAUAAAUAACAUUUUUUGUGUGGCACGUUAUCAUUUCUUUUAUUCUAAAAUCUUCCUUACUUUUAAAAUGAGUUAAAGUUCUUUUCUUAUUACCUGUCCUCUUACAGGCUAGACAAUAGCCACAACCAUAAAAUCCUUUCCCUUCGUUCAUGAACGUAUCGUUCGUUUUCCGAUCUUUAAUAAAACUAGAGGUUAGAGUUCUACGGAGGUUCCCCACCCCUCUAUGUAUAAAACGUGGUUUUUCUGUUAAAAUCGUGGCUAAGUCAGGAUCUUGGCGUAAAAUGGGCCAGAAUUUAUGUAUUAUGUUUCUAAUUUUACCAUUUUCUAAACUAUAAUUACAGAUAAAGGGUACAUCUUUCACCUCCUGUUUCAUCUUAUCUCUAUAUGUUAAGAGACCUUCCCUUUCUGUACCUCUCACUUUCAACCUAGCUUCUUCUAGUUUAUUUUCCUGAUAUCCCUUAUCUAAAAAAGCCUUCUUAAUUCUAAUCGAUUGAUUUUCAUAACUUCCUAUAUCUGUGCAGUUACGCCUAAUACGUAAAAAUUGGCCCCUCGGUGCAUUCUCUAACCAGGGUGUAAAAUGGCAACUUUCUUUAUUAAUAAAACUAUUAACGUCCACUGAUUUAAAAUAAUUUUUGGUUUUAAUAACUCCAUCCUCUAUAAAAAUAGUGAGGUCUAAAAAUGCUAUUUCUGAAUUGCUCCAUGUGCUGGUCAAUUUAAUUCCCCAAGUAUUAGAAUUUAAGAAGGUUAAGAAUUCUUGUAGCGACUCCUCAUUCCCCUUCCAGAUAAGAAGGAUGUCAUCAAUAUAACGUCCAUAGGAAACCAAGCUCUCACCCCAGCCAUGCCCAUCAUACACGAACAUACGUUCCCAAUAUGCCAUAAAUAUAUUAGCAUAGCUGGGGGCGAACUUGGUCCCCAUGGCAGUCCCAUUGAUCUGGAGGUAAAAAUCAUCCCCAAACCAAAAAAAAUUGUUUUCUAAAAUUAGUUUAAUGCCUUCCAAAACAUAUUCUAUUUGAGUAUCUCUCAUGUCCGUACAAUUCCUUAAAAACCAAUCUACGGCUUCGCAUCCAUAUGUGUGUGGUAUAUUACUAUAUAAUGCUGUCACAUCACAUGUGACCAAUAGCCAGUCUCUUUCCCAAGCAUUUGUUUUUAAUAAAUUUAAAACUGCUGUUGUGUCUUUUAUAUAUGAUCUAGUUUUUAAAACUACAGGUUGCAAUUGUACAUCGAUAUAAUGGGAUAGUCUGCAAGAAAUUGAAUCAAUCCCUGCUACUAUGGGUCUCCCUGGUGGGUUUUCCACAUCCUUAUGGAUCUUCGGAAGGAAGUAGAAGACAGGUGUUUUAGGAUAUGGGAUAUUUAUAUAAUCGAAUUCUUUCUUAUUUAAAAUUUCUAAUUCCAGGCCUUUUGUCAAAAAGGUCCUGAAUUUUUGUUCUAUAGUGUUGCUGGGGUUGACCGGUAAUUUUUUAUAAGUAUUGACAUCCAUCAGAAUACGUAAUGCCUCUUCUCUAUAAAAAUCUUUGGACAUCACUACUAUUCCUCCCCCCUUGUCUGCUGGUUUAAUUACGAUGUUAUCGUUAUUUUUCAAUUCUCUCAAAACUUUUCUUUCUUUUAUCGAUAAAUUGUUAUUGAAUUUGUCUUUUAUCUUUAUCUUUCUAAACUCAUUGAGGACCAUCGUUUCAAAUGUAAUAAUGCUCUCUGAGAUCAUUUGUUUCGGAAAAAAAUUCGAUUUCUUUCUCAAAUCGGUAUGUUUAAAUCCAUCGUCCAAAUCUUGUUGUCUCUCUAUAGGAUUUUUUAGAAAAAAUUUUUUUAGGCAUAAAUUUCUUUUGAAUUUGUUCAAGUCCACAUAGAAAUCAAAAUGGUUCUGGUGUUUACUUGGGGCAAAUUUUAAUCCUUUACUUAAGGUAUUAACCUCAUCGUUUGUUAGCUCUAUAUUACCUAUACUGUAAAUACCCAAGCUUUUCAUAGUUUCUGGGUUCACAGGUAAUGUCUUAAUAAUCUCUAUUUCCUUUCUCUCCUGUCUCUUUUUGGUAGCUUUACCUCCUCUCCUUCCUCUAGUGCUGAAUCUCUUCGUCUUUUUGAAUAUGUAGUUUGGUCCAUCUCCUGUUCUCUCUUGUGUCUCUCUAUUUGUCGGCUCCUCCAAAAAUCCUGUUCCGGUUCUUGGCCUUCCAGGACCUGAUACCGGUUCCGAUUUCUUGGGGAUUCCUGUCUCAAUAAGGGUUGUCUGUCUCUUACUGCUCUAUAUUCCCUCCAUUCAUUAUUAUAAUCCUGAUUAGGGGGUCUAUACUCCUCUCUUUUUCUUCUAUAUUCAUGGGUGUCCUUAUGUUUUUCCUCAUUUCUCCUAUAUGCUCCCUUGUUCCCCCAUUUAUUCUGAUAGUAUUCAUAUUUAGGUUUUUCUCUAUAGGGCAUUGCUCGAGGUCUAUAUUCAUUUUUUCUGUCUUUUUCUUCUUGGCCAUUCGUGUAGUGUGUUGACCUAUAAUUCUCACUGUAAACCGCUUUUUCCCUAUAUCUAUUAGGUACUACCCUAUUUCUUUGUUUAUUCUCAUAUUUAUCGGGGAUAUAAUAGGAAUUCGUAUUGUCCCUCUCAGUUUUAGCAAACUCUCGGUCUCUCUGUUGUCCUAUAUAAGCAGGAUGACUUCACUUCGAAAAGACACAUUGGAUCCAGCUGAGGAAGCCGUCGGAGUUACGGCGAAACGCGUUCUGGAAAGAAGUGUAUGAUAUUGUUAUGCCCAUUUGUUUAUUAUUUGUUUAUUUUUAAUUUUUCAGCGCUUGGUAUUUUGGCGUUUUUAUUUACUAUAGGGGGUUCCUUAUACCCUUGUAAUUUAAUAAAUUAUUUAUACUUUUUAAAAUACUAUAUGGGCUUUUCCUGGUUCCUGCUUUGAAAAGUUCUACAUUUUAUUCAACGUGCAGAGACAGAGCCGAUAUAGAGGCUCCAUUUUUGUGAGUAUACUAUACACUUUAAAUAGUAAUACUGUAUACAGACAUUCUACACUAUAUAUCUGUUUUAUUUGAGUCCUAGAGACGAUCUGAGACAAACACCUAAUAAGAAGAAGGGGAAGGUCGCCUGUACGGACCUAUAUGCACUUAUUCCUGAGCUUGGCAUUAAGCUCAGAAGAAUGUGAGUUUGUUAUUACAUUUGACUCUUACUAUCAGUUUAAUUUACAGUGUUACACUAUUAGAGUUCUCUUUGCCUAUUUUAGGUGGACUUUAUAAGACACUGGAACUACCCUCAUUUGGAAGCCUGACUAUCCUAUUAGGCUCAACCAUAUUAUAUGUAUGUAUAGAGCGCUACACCGAUUUCAUAUUUUUUACCUUUUUUCUAGAUUGAUGUAAAUAAGAAAGAUUGCAUCUAGGUGUUACAGCAGCUUGGUCUAAAUAUAACUUUGUUGUUAGACUAAAGAGUGUUUAAUUUAAUGAUAGCGCCAGUGUAUUACUUGUAUUUUUUUUGUGUGUGUGUGUGUGUCUAACAAUUUUGAGGUGGUUAGCACAUACAUAGAGAUGAUUUCAGACAGAUACAAAGAUACAGAUACAAAUCACACUCUGUACUGUAAAGAGAAGGUGAUAAGAGUUAGUGAUUAAGAACUAGUGAUCAGUCUCAAUAGAAUAAGAUGUACCUGGAUGACGGACGGGAAUGAGAAAUUGAUCCCGGUUAGUAGCCAGGAAGAAAGUAAUUUUUAUUUGGGUGAGUUCAUAGAAUUGGUAGAUCAAAAGAGUGGUGUGAGAGAAAAUGAAGUAGGCAAGUAUUGCAUUUGAUGAAGAGACAGAGAAACAUUAUAAAGAUGCAAUAUUUCACAAAACUAGAGAGAAACAGACAUAUUGAUUUUGUAAAAUGAAAUUAAACAUCAAAGACAAAGGAAAUAACAAAAUAUAUUUCUUGAUUGAAGUUCAUACAGUGAGGGGAAAAAAGUAUUUGAUGCCCUGCUGAUUUUGAACGUUUGUCCUCUGACAAAUAAAUGAUCAGUCUAUUGUAAUGGUAGGUGUAUUUUAACAAUAAGAGACAGAAUAACAACAACAACAAAAAUCCAGGAAAACGCAUGUCAAAAAAGUUAUAAAAUUGAUUUGCAUGCUGUCAAUCCCCUAUCAAUCAGCAAGAUUUCAGGCUCCCAGGUGUCUUUUUUACAGGUAACGAGUUGAGAUUAGGAGCACUCUCUUAAAGGGCAACAAAGGAGUGGCUCAAGAAGAAGCACAUUAAGGUCCUGGAGUGACCUAGCCAGUCUCCAGAUCUUAAUCCCAUAGAAAAUCUGUGGAGGGAGCUGAAGGUUCGAGUUGCCAAAUGUCCACCUCGAAACCUUAAUGACUUGGAGAGGAUCUGUAAAGAGGAGUAGGACAAAAUCCCUCCUGAGAUGUGUGCAAACCUGGUGGCCAUCUGACCUCUGUGAUUGCCAACAAGGGUUUUGCUACUAAGUACUAAAUUGAAGGGGUCAAAUACUAAUUCACUCAUUGACAUGUAAAUCAAUGUAUAACUUUUUUUUUUUUUUGAAUUUGACAAUUUUUAUUCAUUUUCAUCAGUUUUGUAGGGGUACAGAAGAGAAGGGGUAGUUAUGGGGGGGGGAAAAAAAGAUCGGUAGUUCAGUACCGUGUAUUUUCGUAGUUCAAGCACAACAGUCAUAUAGCAAAUAGAAACAUUACAUCUUGUAUUUUUAAGUUCACAUUACAUAUACAUUCGUGCCUUGGGCAGCCCUUCCUUUUGGGACGUCUGGCUGCGGGACCUUUGAGUAGGUGGUUAUUGGUUUUAACUCUAUUUUUCAUAUUUGUGGCCCAUUUGUGUAGGGGGAUAAGGAUAAGUCAUGGAGGGGAACUCUAAGGGGUUCGUCUAAUUGGGGCUUAUAGCACUUCUGUUUCGUGUAGGGUGUCUGCCGGAUUCCGGGGAAUCGUCUCUUGUUAUUAAUUGAGUGCUUACUCUCAUUUGCUGGUAGAGGGCUAUUUCGUUGCCGAUGUGUGCAUCGUCUCUUGGUGGGGUUCCUUUAGGGGAGACCUGUCAUGUCUGGUAUAUGUUUCCGUUGUGGAUUGACACGAUGAGUGUACAUUAACUGUUUUCGAUAAAGGGUCCCCUUUCUGAAUAAGUGGGGGAGUGGCUUUAGUGGUUGCAGUGGGGUUCAGAAUGUACUCUACUUCAGUGGCCUAGUCCCUGGGAGGUGCUCGUCUAAGCUACCUUUCUCUUAUAUUGAGUGUAAGGUGUCGUGCCGGGGCCAGGUGCGUAAUGGCUUGUGCUUUCAUAAGGCUUUUAGUCACGGUUGGAGGGUGAGAGUGAGGGUGAGAUUGGGGGGUGGAGGGUGGGAGUGAGGGUUGAGAACUUGGUGCUAGAGGUAGUGUAGCCCCAAUGUGGUCGAUAUCCGUCGGGAGCGUCAGGGGGAGAGGGGAUGUGUCUCAGGUCGUGUAUAGACGUGGGUGUUAGAGGUGUAUCAGGUGGGCAGUGGGCAGGGUUGCUGCUUCCAGCAGGGAGAGGAUCGUGUGGUCUAUCUCCUUUUUGCCUCUCUUCGCAUUAGGCUAAGGGGGUUGUGUUGGUGGGAUCCUCGUUGAAAGGUAGGUUUGCCACAUCUCGGCGAUGGCUGGGCUCAGCUUUCCGAUUUUCAGUAGGUGCCACAUUCGGAGUUCGGAGUCUACUGUUGUUGACAUCAAGGCGGUGAUUUCCUGGGUUGAGGGGAGAUUUGAGGUCUUCCAGUUUCUGGCUAUUAGGGUGGAGACUGUGCUCAGUAUAAAGAAUAUCAUUUUUUUUGCUGGUUUGGGGAUAGCUUCAGGUAGUGAUCGCAGGAGGAUCGUUUUGGGCUCGUGAGGCAGGGGAUAUUCCGUAAUAUCUUGAAUCAUUUGUUCAGUCUUCUUCCACAGGUUGUUUAUCGUGCGGCAGGACCACCAUACAUGUAGCAUCGUGCCUCUGUGAGAGUUGCAUCGCCAGCAUAUGUCCGACGAACCUGAGUACAUGGAGUGUAGUCGUGCGGGUACCAUAUACCAUCGAUAUAGUGCAGUUUCAAAGUGGGCUGCGCAGGAGGACAGUCCUUCAUGUGCUGUGAAGAUUUUCUUCCAUUCUUGAUGGGAAAUUGUUUCCUGGAGGUCCUCCUGCCAAUCUUUCAUGAAUUUCCAAGUGUUUUCGGUUUUGAGGUUUGUUAGUUCGUUGUAGCAGGUGGAGAGCGCUUUUUUAGGGGGAGAUGUUGCCAUGCAGUGCAUUUCGAACUUCGUCGCCGUGGUCUGUAAGGUCGGUUUUCUGCUGUGGAUCGUGUUGUUUUGCAGUAAGGCCUUUAAUUGGAGGUAUGAGAAUGUGAAGUUGGAUGGGAGUGUAAAUUCGGCUUGGAGGUCCGGGAAGUGUUGCAGGCCUUCGGGCGUGUAGAGGUGAUACAUGUGUGUGAUGCCUUUUUCUUCCCAUUUGUGAUGAGGGAACGUGCCAUUGCAGUGGUGUAAUGUUUUGGUUGGGGCUGUUAGUGCCCAUGGAUGCGCUGAGCAUAGGUUUUCCCUACAGGUGUCCCAUGUGGAUAUUAAGAGCCUGGUGGUAGGCAGCAGGUCCGGGCUCUUCGGUCUUGUAUGUUUGGGGGACCAUAAGGUGGAUGAGAGAUCGUGGUUUGUGCAGAGUAGACUUUCCAUCGCUACCCAUUGCGGGGGUUGUGUCGUGGUAUGAGCGUUAAUGACGUUGGUGAGUAGGGCUGCUUGGUGGUAUAGUUUUAAGUUGGGGAAACCCAUUCCCCCUUGUCGAACGUGUCUAAAGAGCAGGGCUUUAGGUACUCUGGGGUGUUUUCCACUCCAGCAGAAACGGAGAAGGAUUGCUUGCAUUUUUGUCAGGUAGUUUUGUGGGAUCUUAAUUGGCAAGGACCGAAAGAGGUAUAAGAGCUUAGGGAGUACUGUCAUUUUGAUAGCAGCUAUCUUUCCGACCCAUGAUAGGAAUAGAUUCGCCCAUCUACGAAGUAGUUGUUCAAUUUCCUUUUGUAGUUUUGCAUAGUUUGCUGUAAAGAGAUCGGUGUAUUUGUUGGUAAUCUUGAUGCCUAAGAACGUUAGAAAGUCUGUUCUCCAAUCAUACUCGUGUGUCGCUUUAAGGACAUUUUCAGUGGUUCUGGGCAUGUUGAGGCACAUUGCUUGUGUCUUGGUGAUGUUGAGUUUGUAGUAGGAUUGUUGGCUGUAUGCGUGUAGUUCUUUGUGUAGGGAGGGAAGGGAAAUGAGUGGUUGGGUAAGUGUGAGUAAUAUGUCAUCUGCGAAUAGAUUGAGCUUAUAUUCCUGUUGGCCAAGUGGGACUCCAUGUAUGUUGUUGUUCUUGCGGAUGGCUAUGGCCAGGGGUUCUAGGGCCAGGACGUAUAGGAGGGGAGACAGUGGGCAACCUUGGCGGGUGCCGUUGGUUAUCGGGAAGGGUUGUGAGCAGAACCCCGAGGUCAGGACUGUCGCUGUGGGGUUGCUGUAUAAAGCCUGUAUAACUGACAGGAAGGUCUGAGGAAAGCCGUAGAGGGCCAUGGCUUCGUGUAAAAAAUGCCAGUUGAGGCGAUCGAACGCCUUUUCGGCGUCAAGUGAUAGCAUAAUGCUCUCGGUGUUGGUAUGUUUUAGGAGAUGGUGUAGGUUCAGGACCUUUCUGGUAUUAUCUGGGCCAUGUCUGCCCGUCACGAAACCUACCUGGUCUGUGUGUAUGAGGGAGGGUAGUAUUGUUUUAAGUCGGUCAGCAUGGAUUUUCGCGUAGAGUUUCGUGUCUGCGUUAAGCAGAGAGAUAGGUCUGAAAUUUUGGCACACUGUUGGGGUCUUGCCUGGUUUGGGUAUCGUAAUUACGUGGGCAGAUAGGAACUCAGUGGGGAAGGAGCUCUGGUUGGUUGCUUCAUUGAAGAAAUGGGUAAGGGAAGGGGCCAGUUCGUUUUUGAAUGUCUUGUAAUAUGUGUUUGUGUACCCAUCUGGGCCUGGCGCUUUACCUCUGGGCAGUGCCUCGAUGUGGAGAAGGACUUCUUCUAAGGUGAUUGGGGCACUAAGCUGUGUCGCUUGAUGUGCGUUUAUAGUGGGGAGUGCGAGGUUGUUGAGGUAAGACCUAAUGGAUGUCGGUGAGGGUCUGGGCGCAUUUUGGUCGUCUUUUAAGUUGUAUAGAGAACCAUAGUAGUGGGCGAAUUCGUUGCAUAUGUGUGAGGGUUGCAGUACUCUGUGACCAGUGUGCGUUUUUAUGUAUUGUAUUCUAGUUUGUGUCUGUUGGUCCCUAAGUCUGUGCGCUAGUGUUUUUGUAGCUUUGUUGCCCAUCGAGUAGGAUGUGGCUUUUAGGGUUUUCAGUGCUGCCGUUGCCUUGCGGAGGUGUAUGGCGUUAAUUUCGACUUGCGUGGAUUGUAUUUGCUGCUGGAGUGCUUUUGUGGGGCUUGCUUGGUUCGAUCUAUGGAGGUCUUGGAGCUUCUUAAGGAGUGAAAGCAUGGAGGAGUAGUUCCUUUUUUUAAGAUGGGCUGCUCUACUAAUCAGGAUGCCUCUAACGACAGCUUUGUGGGCUAGCCACCGGGUGGCCGUGCUCGUGUCUGCAGGGCUAUUGGUUGUGAAGUAUGAAGUUAUUUCGUCUCUUACUUGAUUUAGGAAAGAGGGUUCGUUAAGGAGAUGUUCGUUCAUUCUCCAGGGGCUGCGGUGUUUGAAUUGGUACGAGUCUGCCAGGACCAGUGACACCGGGUUGUGGUCCGAGAUCGUAGAUGUUUCUAUGUCACAUGCUCGUAUUAGUUGCAGGUGCGCGGAACGCAGCAGGAACCCGUCUAUCCGGGAGUAGGUAUUAUGUACUUGGGAGUAGUGGGUGUAUUCCUUGUUAGUGGGGUGGAGAAUCCUCCAUACGUCGUAUAGUCCAUGUGCAGACAGGAGUUUGUUUAUGGAGUUGCAGCUUUUGUGUAAUGAUUUCUUGCGUGACGAUGAGUGUCGGGCUGUGGAGUCUGUAUCAGGGUCUAGUAUGUGAUUGAAGUCACCGCAGAUGACUGUGGUGCCCGUUUGGGUUUUCUCAACUUUGUCAAGCAGGUGGGCUAAGUAGGUCCCUUGGUUCUCAUUUGGUGAGUAGGAGUUCACUAUCGUGAACGUUGAAUUAUUUAGGGUGCAAAUUAGGAUGAUGUAACGACCUUUCGGAUCAGAGUCGAUUGAGAUUAGGUCAAAGGCUAUAGAGUGGCUUAUCAGUAUAGUUACACCUUUGCUUUUGGUUGGGGAGGUGGAAUGAAACUGGUGUGGGUAGGAUUUGAGACCCAGAACAGGGUUGGAGUCUUGUUUAAAGUGGGUCUCCUGUAAGCAGACGAUGUCUGCGUGCACGUUGUUUAGUUCUUUAAGGAGAGUGUGUCGUUUGUUGGGUGAGUUGAGACCUCUUACGUUGUGGGUAAGUAGCUUCAUUUUUCGUGGGUGGUGUAUCUCGUGUAUGUGGAUACUAUGAGGUAGUCGUGUGGGGCAGUUAAGUGGUGUGGAGGCGAGAAGGGGAACAGUCUCAGUCUUGGGGAGUCGAGGGGAUGAACAGCUCGGCCGGCGUAGGCGACCGUGUGGUUCAGCAACGAGUGUUCACGGUCUGGUAGGAGCUAGGUGCAAUUGGGAGGUCAAUCAACUUUUCCAGCACAGAAUAAUCAAAUAACAUAAAAUAAAAAUAUAAACGGUUAAACAGUAAACAAAGAAAGUAUCGUACAAGGUGUCUUAAAGGGUAUGUGCCUUCGCUAUGGCACUUCCUAGGUGGGGGUAGUGUGGGCGGUUCGGUUUGAGCGUAGAUCGCUACGGGCCCUAUGUGAUUCCGGGGCAUCCCCCCUGCCUAAAAGGUUGGAGCGUACAGCACCGCUGUGGGUAUAGCAGGGCUUAGGAGGUUUUUUAGAGGAGGCUGUGUCCGCAAGGGACGGCUGUCAAACUAGUAAAGGAAAAGAGAGGGAUGUGCACCCUAUGUAAGCAAGGCGGUGUCGUUAGGCAAGGCCUUGUGUGGCGGCGUGUUCGGUGCCGCUCCCUUCAACAAGGGGAGUUAUUCGAGGGCAUAUCCUAAGGGUGUCAAUUAGUAUUAAACAUGACAUUAACAAAACGUUAUAAUCUAGGGUAUAGCAUUUAGGUAACAAUGCAAACAUAUUUCAAACUUGCUGUUUCUUAUCGGGUGCGAUCAAUCCUCUCUCGGAGAAGUACGUCUCGUCUUCUGGGGUCUGCUGUCUUCGGGCAGCUGUUUACCGGGGUUUCUGGGGUUUGGCUGUGUGUUGUGGGAUAAACCCCACUGCUUCAGGAGAUUCAGUCCCUCCGCCGGUGUAGCAGCCGGGAUGAUUUUCCCUCCCUUUGUUAUGAGCAGCUUGGCUGGGUAGCCCCAUCUGUAUGGUACUCGGUUUUGCCUCAGCGUGUCUGCCACUGCCUUGAAGGAUCGUCUGCGGCGUAGUGUCUCCGCUGAUAGGUCCAUGAACAGGAGUAUAUCUUUGAAUUGGGUAGGUAAGUCCUUUUUGGUGUGGUGUGCCCUCAGGAUCUGUUCUUUGAUGUGGUAGUAGUGGAGUCUCAUAAGGACAUCUCUCGGAGUGGAAAGCGGUAGGUGUUGAGGCUUGGGGAGUCUGUGAAUGCGGUCUAGUAGAAACAUUUCUGCGGGGAUAUCAGGCAGUAAUGCGUGGAAAAGCUCCACAGCGUAGGCCGUGAGAUUUUACGGUGCAAUAUCCUCUGGUACCCCUCUCAGCCGUAUGUUGUUGCGGCGUGACCUGUCUUCGGCAUCCGCCAUUUUGGUCUCUUGUCUGUGCAUUUGUUCUUCUAGUAUGUUGAGGCGGGUGUCAGCAUCAUUACAGGCUCCAGUGAGGUUUUCCACGGUGUCCUCCAGGUGGGAGGUCCUGGCUUCUAUCUCAUUUAAGCCUUUUCUUAUGUCAUUUAAGGCAUUGGUGACAGCAGUUUGCAUUUUGGUGACUGCUGAAUCUAACAUUGCUUGCAGGAGAUUUUGGGUCAGAGGGCAGUCUUCUUGUCUGCUUACUGUGUCUUCUCUUUCCAUGUCACAUUCUUGGCCGGCGCCAUCUUGGAUCUGGGGGUCGGCGGUCUUAUGUUGCGGCGUGCGGGCUGUGAAGAAGGCGUUUUUUUCUUUUGCCUCCGUAGCCUUUUUCGCCCGGUGCUGGGACAUUAUGUGAGCGUUGGUGGGCAGGGGAUGCACCCGGUAAGGGUUGUUUUAGCCGCGUUUUCGAGCCCGUGAUCGCGGAGCUCGCUCAGUGUGCGUCCAUCACUUCCGACGGUCGGCCACGCCCCCCAAUGUAUAACUUUUUUGACAUUCGUUUUUCUGGAUUUUUUUUUUUUUUGGUAUUCGGUCUCUCACUGUUAAAAUACACCUACCAUUAAAAUUAUAGACUUAUCACUUCUUUGUUAGUGGCCAAACGUUCAAAAUUAUUAGGGGAUCAAAUACUUUUUUUCCCUCACUGUAUAAACAUCUGCAAUUUGCACUUUGGUAAGUUCCAGGAAGCCCUAUCAGUCUUAGGGGAAUGUUAGGGUUCAGUGAAAUACACCUUGAGAAGUUUCAAAGUUGGGAUUAAUCACAGGGAAUGGUUGGGUUUCAACGAGGUGCACUUUGAACGAAGAUUAAAUGACUUAAUAUUUUUAAACUAAUUUUUAAAAUGACUCCUUACCUUGGUGAUAUUAUAUGCAAUGGUUAUAUAAUGUAAUCAAUAUAAUUAAUUUGCAUAUUCUUGAUUUAGAUUUUUCUACAAACAUUUAAUUUCAUAUAACAAUUGUGUUUUAUUCUAGGUUAUCCAUGAAGAUAACUCACCCAAUGAAAUAGUUUUCACAGUAGUAACAAGCCCAUUACAUGGUUACAUACGCAAAUUUGAACCUACGGAAGGACACUUGGCUACAGAAUCCAGUUCUCUGGUGACUUUUACACAAAAGGACGUUAACAUGGGAAAUGUUCAGUAUGUACAAACAGGCUUUGGUCAGCUUCAUGAUAACUUUACAAUGGAUGUUACCAAUGGAGUGCGAGAGGUCACUGGAAUUACAUUGUUUGUCGAUAUCAUUCCUACUUUGAUCCCUCUGGAGGUACAAAAUAUAACUGUGAAGGAAGGGGCAUCAAAGGUCCUAACACUGGAACAAUUAAGAAUCCCCAGCAAGCACUUUGCAGGUCUAGUUUGUGAUUUUGUCUUGAUAGAUUUUCCAAAGAAUGGUUUUGUGGAAAACACAAGAUAUCCUGGAAUAAAGCUCUCACGUUUUACUACAAAACAGGUAAUAUGCAUGUAUGAUUACUUCCACCAACGUAUAUUAUUAUAGUAUACAGUAGAAAGUGAAGCACCAACGUUGCUCACAUAUGCAACAGUAAAGUGCAAUUAAAUAAAGCCAUUGCUGAGUCCAGCUGGGUGCUUGUAGUGCAUAAAUUGUUGUUCAUGGCAACUAAAAGGCUAGGUUAAGGUGAAUAAAGGUGAAAAUUUCCUUGAAGGGUCCAUAGGUGUCUCAUCUAUCAAUGUGCAAUCCUCAACACAUGGUCUUCCCAAAUCAAUAUGAAGCACCUUCCAGAGUGACCAGUCCUGUGGGCUCAGUGACACGUUGGGUUUCAUGGAUCAAUGUUUCCCCAUAUCAGGCUAUAUGAGUGUUACACUUAAACUGAGCCACAAUACGUUUUGUCUAAUACAAAGAUUGAAGUUGUGUGUCUUCAUCUUGACAGUGAAAGUCCAAGCCUUCAUAUAAGUAAUGGUAAUACAAAAACUUUCCACUUGCGCCUCUGCUUUCUGUGGAAUGUGCAAGGUCUAAUUGCCAAAACGGACACCAAAACAUCUGAGGUAUUCAUAGAAUUUAAAGUAGAAAGUGAAGCACCAACGUUGCUCACAUAUGCAACAGUAAAGUGUAAUUAAAUAAAGCCAUUGCUGAGUCCAGCUGGGUGCUUGUAGUGCAUAAAUUGUUGUUCAUGGCAACUAAAAGGCUAGGUUAAGGUGAAUAAAGGUGAAAAUUUCCUUGAAGGGUCCAUAGGUGUCUCAUCUAUCAAUGUGCAAUCCUCAACACAUGGUCUUCCCAAAUCAAUAUGAAGUACCUUCCAGAAUGACCAGUCCUGUGGGCUCAGUGACACGUUGGGUUUCAUGGAUCAAUGUUUCCCCAUAUCAGGCUACAUGAGUGUUACACUUAAACUGAGCCACAAUACGUUUUGUCUAAUACAAAGAUUGAAGUUGUGUGUGUUCAUCCUGACAGUGAAAGUCCAAGCCUUCAUAUAAAUAAUGGUAAUACAAAAACUUUCCACUUGCGCCUCUGCUUUCUGUGGAAUGUGUAAGGUCUAAUUGCCAAAACGGACACCAAAACAUCUGAGGUAUUCAUAGAAUUUAAACAAAUAAUAUAAGCUUUCAACUUCUAUAACUCCCUAGCAUCGUAAAUGAAGUAAAAUGUAUUUUCCAUGUUGAGUAGUUUUAAAAUUGUACUCAUAUCCAAAAUUAAUGUUCCCUUUCCCAUGGAAUAAAUAUGCAGUUUCAGGAUAUUGUUAUAAUAUUUCGAGCUUGUACUCCUUAUUGUUGCAUAGAAGUUCUGAUCAGAUUAUUUAGCAAAUUAUUAAAUGCUGUUUAUUUCUCUUUGAAGGCGGAGCAGGAGUUGAUCUACUACACCCAUGAUGACAGUGAAACUUCAUUCGAUAAUUUUUCCAUAAUAGUCAAUAACACUGAACUCGCCAAGCAAAGUCUGCCACAAACAAUUUAUGUAACAGUGACCCCAGUAAACGAUGAGCUUCCAGUUAUUACAACUAAUCGGAUAUUUCGGGUAACAAUUUUUUAUAUAUAAAUAUAUAAGUAUAUUACUUUAAUGUUUUUUUUUUUUUAAAUGUUGCAGGUUGUAAGGUAAAGAACACUCAACGCACUAUAUUCGUUACAGCAUUUCAGAACAGUUUGACAUUUUACCUGGGGUAAGGCCUCUUCUCUUUAACUUUGAGAGCAGGGAGCUCCUGCUGGGAGAUUCCAUUAGCCCUGCACUGCCGGGCUUAGCUCAGGCAAAUAGCAGACCUCAGGUAUGAAGCCAAAACUUUCUUAAACAGUAUGACUACUUAUAUUGUGAGGGGGCACCAGGACAUAACCAAUGUAAAAGUAUAAAUGUAAAAAGAAAAAGUCCAGGGGGUCAACGUAACCUUCAUAUUAGUAUAAGGGAGGUUGAAGAUCUCACUUAUGGACCCCUGGGGUCAUACCUACCAAAAUUAAGAAACAAUGGUUGCUCAUUCACUAGAAAGGCCUCGUCCCAUAUUGUCUCAAUCCAGUUGCUAAUGGGCCUUAUUGAUUUAGAGACUCCAUGUUAUUUAAUCUCCACUAGAUGUCACUGUAAUACCUAAUCUCUUAAUAGGUAUAACACUCAUUGUUCUUAUUAUGCAGCAUUCAUAUAUUUCAUAAUUCAUUUCAGUAUACUAGCACCAGAAUUAAGAUAUGUCCCUAUAUUACUUAACCUCCCAUAGAUUGUUUUAAAACUUUUGUUGAAUAGUUUUAUUUUAAUCUUUAAUAUGGAAAAAGAUCUAAUGAAAACACAAAGAGCACUAGACGACGUAUGCCAUAGCUCUUUGUUUUAUUUAAAAAUAGUAAGAAUACAUUUCUGUAUAAUGUAUGGAACAUUUUUAUUGUAUGACAGAUCUUCUACAACAGAAAUGAUGUUAAUGGCUGCAGCACGUUAUCUACACAAAUGUUUCCUCCACUAUCAUGCAAAGCUAUAGAGCAAGAGAGAGCACAAAAAUAAUUAUCCAGCGCUGUACAAUAGGUGGAAUAAGAAACAAGUAGUUGCAACAAGUUGGACGCACAGAAACAGAGGGUGCUGAGGGCCCUGCUUAAAGGGAAACUACAGAAACAGAGGGUGCUGAGGUUCCAGCUUAAAGGGACACUAUAGUCACAGAACAACUACAGCUUAAUGUAGCUGUUCUGGUGAGUAUAGUAUGUCCCUGCGGACUUUUUAAUGUAAACACUGUCUUUACAGAGAAAACAUUCCUCCCUAGGGACACUUCCAGUGCUCUGCAUGGAGGUGCUAUACUUUCACCAUUGAGAUGCAUUGAUCAAUUUUGAUAAUCUCAGCCAAGGAAGCAGAGCAGGGGCGGAGCCAGAGCUGGCUGACCUGCGAGCUGCUGAAAGGUGAAUUUUUGUCCUUUUUAAAGGGAAGGGGGUGAGGGGGACCUAAAUAGUGUUUUAACACUAUAGGGUCAGGAAUACAUGUUUGUAUUCCUGACCCCAUAGUGUUCCUUUAAACAAAUAGCCUCAAUUGUUGUAGAACAGAUACCUUAUAUUGUUCAUUAUAUAUAUCGAGGUAGCUAAAAUCACUAUAAAAUCAGGAUUUUUUUAUAUGAUAGAUAUUAUAAUAAUAUAUUGACUGGAUAUCAAUGUCAUUGACUUAGAGCUAGGAACCACAAUCCCGGUCCGACCAGUAAGUGACCCUGGGCGAUAUACCUAACGAUGUAUACCCUGCCCACCUCAAUAAUAUGAGGUUAUUCCUGUAUCAGAUGGUAGGGAGCCAGGGCAAUCUGAUGACAAGCGAGCUACUGGAACAAACCAUUCCUGGACACAAAACAAGAAUCAAGACCGCUUGAAUGCUACUAUAACAGCAGGCACAAGCAGGCUACAUGAAAUGUACGUGGGAACUAUGGAUGAGCAAGUGACCAUCAUCUACCCUAACACCAAAACAGCUGGUAACACAACAUUGGAACAUUGUCAAGAGAAAGCUAGUGUUACAACUGGAAUUGGAUUGACUACCGAAAACAUGAACCAUUUGCAAUGAGGAAGAAAUCUCCAUGAGGAAGAAAUUCCCAUACCCACAUACAUACUUGCAGAGGGUAUGGGGAUACUCUUUGGGUGAAUCCCCACCCAGCGAGGACAUAACAGAUAUAAGAAAUAUGAUCCUAGAAAAAGUACUGUUUAACAAACCUGACUUAGUGGUGGAAGACAAGAAACAAUGUAUGUUUAGUACCAGUCAUGUGACUAGAACAUAAGGAAAAAGGAACAUAACAAGACUGAAAGAAGAGCUAGAAAGGAUGUGGAAAGUGAAGGCAGUGGUUGGAAAAGGCAGGACUGAAAGACAGCACUAAGGCACUUAUCCUAGCAUGGAAUGGGGUCUACCACAAAGAAGCCAGCACCUAGUAGCCGGAUGCAAGAUGUCCUGCACAAAGUAGCUACAUGUAAGAUGUUUGCAGGAACAGCAUACACCAGCAGAAGGGUAGUUGAGAAUGAUCUAAGAUCCAGACAGACCAGCAAGUGCUGGCCAACCUCGUGGUGGUAGACAAGGAAAGGAAGACUGCAGUCGUAGUGGAUGUGGAUACCCAGUGACUAUAACAUCAGGAAGAAGGAACAUUAGAAUGUGGAGAAGUACCAACACAUGAAAGAAGAACUAGAAAGGAUGUUGGGGGUGGGGGGAGGUGGCUUCAACAGAUUCCAGGUGGGACAUCUGAGAUCGCUGUCCAGAAGUGUGCAGUUCUAGGAACAGCUACUGCACAGAACCCUCAGACUCCCAGGCCUCUGGUAGAGGACCCGAGAAUGAGGAAUAAACAUACCACCCAGGAGGGGUAAAAUUUUUUUUUAUUUAUUUAUAUAUAUAUAUAUAUAUAUAUAUAUAUAUAUAUAUAUAUAUCAGCCCUUUUAAAGAUUAGAAGAUGUUUGCGACUCUGCAUAUUCUACAUUGUCAAGUUAACAAACAAUUGCUACUUAGAAUACCUUAACCAUUAGGUACCAAGGCUAUUUAACACACUAGGACCAGAUUAGUUUUGCUACUUUUAUUUAACUGUAAUUUCCUGCUCUUUUAUUUUCUUGCUUAUAAUCAUUAUACACAAGCAGAGAAAAUGUGUCUCAAAAUAAAUGUGCUUGUUGUGAUUAUGUUUAUACUGGAUUUGUUGAGCAUGUUUAUCCUCGUAUAAUUCACAAUUUCAUUAAAGGAGGGCUUGUUGCUUCUGGGCCAUAUUUCUACUCUUCGUCAUUCAUAAUAAUACAGUAAAGAAAAGGUUAACUUUUCUAUAGAGAAAGCUUGGUUUAUUAUGGGAAGGUUAGGGCAGUGUCACUCUCAAUUACGGCAAGUGACAGAAAGUUGAGUAUGUUUCUUCAAGAGACACUCCAGGCAGCUAAACAAGGUACGUUUAAAUGAAAGCUAAUAAGCUGAAAUACCUGUGGUUAGUUUAUUUUCUUCCAAUUCUGUGUAGUUUUCCUGCAGUGCUGUAAAAUGUUUUGCUGUUUUCACCAGUGUAACCCAGCCUCCUUAACCACCCCCCUCUCAUAUGUCAACAUGUUCCUGGUUCCCAGACUCUGAAAGAAACAUACCUUUUUCAGCCAAUAAAAAUAGAGGCAUGUCUUCUGCAGUGUAAGGAAUGCUCACAGCACAGACUGCACCACAGAGACAAAGCUAGAGCCCAUAUUCGCUCCUCUACCUCCCUGUUUGUAAUGCAAGUAAAUUAUCCUGCAGCCUCUGUCAGCCAACACCCCUACCCACUGUUAACUCCUUUCCUGCCUGUCCCUCUCAGCUAACCUCACUACCCAACUGUCUCUGUCACCCAACCUCACUACCCACUGUUAACCCCUUCCCUGUCAGUCUGUCACCCAACCUCACUACCCACUGUUAAUUCCUUCCCUGCCAGUCCCCGUCAGCCAACCUCACUACCCAAAUGCACUUGUCAGCCAACUUCACUACCCAUUGUUAACCCCUUCCCUGACAAUCAAUGUCUGUCAACCUCAGUACCCACUUGCCCUCCAGCCCCUGUUAUUCAAUCUCCCUAGAUAGAGAUAUAGAGAGAUUGAUAUAUUACACAAAGCUCUACAGGUAUUUAUGAGUUUGCCUGUCCCUUUAUAUUUAUUUAUUUAAAAAAAAACUAAAACCUAUGACACUAUAUGAUACGGUGUGUGUGUGUCGGUGUGGGUGAGAGAUGUGAUAUGUAAGUUCUAGUGUCUGAAUGCUGUAUUUGUAGUGUAACUUAGUGUGAGUACUUCUUGGGCAGGCAUUGUGGGCAUGUGUUAAAUGAUGCAAAUAGUAUCACUAAGCUCCAGCACACCCAUAAAGGUGUGUCAUUAUUGAUUCUCAUAGAGAAUCACUGGAGCAUGGCCAUUAAUGAACAGUCCGGCUGAAAUACAGGAAGCAGGGAGAACGCAAAGGGGGAAAUUACAUAAAAUCAGGAUGAACAGAAAAGCUAAUCAAAUAAAUAUUUAUAUGUUUAAUUAAAUAAACAUAAAAACAUAGAAUGUGAUGGCAGAUAAGAACCAAUAGGCCCAUCUAGUCUGCCCAAUUUGAAGUAAAGUAUUACUUUACUGAGAGGGUAGUGGAUGCAUGGAAUAGCCUUCCAGCUGAAGUGGUAGAGGUUAACACAGUAAAGGAGUUUAAGCAUGCGUGGGAUAGGCCUAAUGCUAUCCUAACUAUAAGAUAAGACUAGGGAGUAAUGAAAGUAUUUAGAAAAUUGGGCAGACUAGAUGGGCCGAAUGGUUCUUAUCUGCCGUCACAUUCUAUGUUUCUAAUAUUUAAAAAAGGUGUUUCUAAAGCUAAUUUUUACACUGUUUAGGGGGGAAAAACAUUUAGUGACAGUAGGUUUACUCCUGGGGGGGUGGGUGGGGGGGGGAGUAGGACAAUGAUAUGCAUUUUUUUUUUUACCUAUACUGAUCCUAUAAUAUGAUAAUGGAGGAGUUAAAUCAUUUUCUAUUUAAAGUGAGUGGGGGCAGCAGAAUGUGGGAAUGAUGCAGUUAAACUUUACUUAUCUUUGCCUUCCUAUCACUUAUGAUCACUGUGUAUGUUGUCAGAGCAAGAUAAUGGCCCUAAGGGUUAGACAGGGGACAUGAAACUAUGAAUUAGCUUGACCCAUUAGCCAUCCAUAUGUGAAGAAGGAAGGAAAGGCACUAAACUGGUAACUUGCCUAGGGCCCUGUUGGAUCUUAAUUCUUCUCUAUAUGAUGGUGAAGUUUAAAGAUCUUUUGUUCGCUGUAGAUUUGUGGUUACUGAAAAGAUGAGGGCAACCUUUCAUUGCCAAGCCUCAUACUCACAUGCAGGGCAAAUAUGUGCAGUAUACUGUUAAAGUGUUAAAAUGUUUUCCUACACAUGGAUCACUCUGAGAGCAAACGCAUGCCGGUAACUUAUUGGGAAGGAGUUAAUCCUAAGUGCUUCUGGCCCAGAGCAGUUACAUUUAGCUUUUUGAUGGUGAUCACUGUGCAUGUAGCAGUUCCACUGCGACUAACUGCAUUUCAAUAUGGUUAGGUCACUGGUCCUCUGGGACCAGCUUCUUUUGUUCGUGUUUUACAUAUAGGACAGUGGUCCUUUUAAGGGUUUAAUUGAAAAGUGGGGGCAUCAGAAUGUAGGAAUGGUCCAAGGGAGGGGGGAAGUAACUUUUAUACAGCCCCUGUCACCCCACCACAGUCCAUGUCACCCCACUGCUGCCCCUGUUACCCAACUAUAGACACUGUCACCCCACCACCGCCCUUAGAUAUAAAUACAUUAGGGGUGCAUUUGGGAUACUGGCUAUGUCUGUAACUACCACUAAAACUGUGUAUAUAUUAACAUAAAAACAAACAAACAGCAUCAGAAAAUAUUCUCUAAUUCCAGGUGUGGGUUGGCUCGGUCACAGAAAUUACUUCCGAGGACCUAUCUGCUGAGGAUAAGGACUCUCCUCCAGCAGAUCUUGUGUAUUCCAUUACUCCACCAAACAAUGGCUACUUGGCACUAAAAUCUGAUCCCAACAAAAGUAUCCUCAAUUUCACCCAGGAACACAUAAAUGAAGGUUAUCUUGUAUUUGUACAUAGUGGUAAGUUCUAUAAUAUUUUACGGUAAGGUUUCUCUGCACUAGAACAUCAACUUGUUGUGUGUAAUAUACAGAAAUCAAUUGGUGACUGCUGUUCAAGCCUAGGACCUUUUGCAUUUGUACAUUUUGUACAAUAAAUGCCUGUAAAUACUGUUAUUAAUAUAUUUAAUAAGUCUGAUAAUAGUUUUACAAGUGAAGUGUAACAUUAACCCCCUCCCACCCCUCAACACCCCAAUCUUUUGGUGUAAUCUAUGCAUUUUUUUCCUUUAAUUUCAUUAUUCAUUGUUGGUGUUUGUAAAUACAGUGAACUUCAGCCAUUUUUUUUUAAACUUGACUACCUCAGAUUUGUCUUUCAGAUGUUAAAGAAUUAUUAAUUAUUUGUCCCACUGCACCUGGUGCUUCAUAUUGAUAUAUAUUCAGUCCAGCAUAUUUGCAUGCAAAAGGAUUGAAUUGGUGUUUACUGCAACAGUGACAAGAAAAGUGUUCUUUCUCUCAGUUAUAUAAAAAAUAUAUUGGCAUAAGACAAGGAAUGUAAUGCUUUAUGUAGGAUUAUUACAUUUUAUACUUUUUGUUUUUGUAGAUAUAACAUUGACUAGCCUAGAUAGAGCAUAAAGUUGAAGACCUAUGACUAAAGUACAUUGCACCCAGAAUAUUUGAAAAGAUAAUUUUCCAGGCAGUGUAACGACACUUAUUUUUUUUCAGCAGAUAAUGACUGCAAAUACCUUUAAAUAUCUUUUAGCCAUUUUCUAUGCAUAUGUUUUUAGUGUGUAUUUUAAUCGUAUAUCUCAGAAUUUAUGCAUCUCUGAGUCUAUACUCAUUUCUUUUCAGGAGCAAUGUCGGGGGGGUUUAACUUCCAGGUCACAGAUGGUUUGAAUUUUGCACCACGGCAAAUCUUUAGUAUCACCGCAAGGACCCUUGUCAUAAACAUAGAAGUUAACAAAGGAUUGGGAGUAUUUCCAGGUAAUUUGUCUUUAAAUAAUACUUUCAGAUAUUUAGAGGAACACUGUAGCUUUAGGAAUACAGGCUUAUAUUCCUACAGUGCCCCUGUCACUAGUUAUAUUCAGCUCCCCCUUGUUGCCAUAAAAUUGUUUAUAAAAGGGUUUUGGCUUACCUUUUUUAGCUCUGAGACUCCCUCUGCAUUUCUGGCAUCUCUAACUCCAGCAAUGUCAUAGAGGAGGCACCACUUCCUCCAUCAUUAGGGACCUGAUGCAAAUGUGGGAUUUCCUGUGAGCUGCAAUGUGACGUGACUGAGUUUUACUUGAUCAGUGCAGUGUAAGCACCUAUAAUGGCAAUGUCAUCUUUGCUUAACCCUUCAAAGUAGACAUUGCCCUUUCUGCAAAAUGCCAACGUUUUGAUUUGAAGGCCAACAUACAGGACCACUGCCCCCAGACUACUUAAUUGUAAUGGAGUAGUUUGGAUGACUUUUGUGUCCCUUUAACCCAGAAAAGUAUAUAUCGCCUAAGUGCUUCCAGGGGUACGGAUGUUAUUUUUUUCAAUAUCUACACUUAUCAGCCACAACAAUAAAACCACUUACAGGUGAAGUGAAUAACAUUGAUUAUACUGUUACAAUGGUACAUGUCAAGGGUGGAAUAUAUUACGCAGCAAGUGAACAGUCAGCUCUUGAAUUUCAUGUAUUGGAAGCAGGAAAAAUGGACAAGUUAAAAUAUCUGAGUGAUUUUGACAAACGGUGAUGACUAGAUCAUCUCCAAAACAGCAAGUCUUGUAGGGUGUUCCCAAUAUGCAAUUGUUACCUACAAAAUUUGGCGUACCAGCAUCAGGAUCAUUGGUGCCCAAGGCUUGUUGAUGCAUGGGGGAAGCAAAGGUUAGACCAUUUGGUCCGAUCACACAGAAGAGCUACUGUAGCUCGUAUUUCUGAAAAAUGUAAUGCUGGCCAUGAUAGAAAGGUAGAAACUAAAGUAAAAAGUUACUUUCGGACUAUCCCAAGGCCCAAUGCACAUUUCAAUAACUGGAGGUAUGUUAGUAUCACUAAAGUGGCCAUUUAAAGGGACACUGUAGGCACCCAGACCACUUCUGCUUAUUGGAGUGGUCUGGGUGCCAACUCAAACUACUCUUAACCCUGCAAGUGUAAUUAUUGCAGUUUUAUAUAAACUGCAAUAAUUACCUUGCAGGGUUAACUCCACCUCUAGUGGCAGUCUACCAGACAGACACUAGAGGGCACUUUCGUGUCCAUAGCACAGGAAACCUCCAGCGUCGCUCAAUUCCCCAUAGGAAAGCACUGAAAAGCAUUUUCAAUGCUUUCCUAUGGAGAGCUCUAAUGCGCAUGUGCGCUUUAGGUUUCCUCAGCCGGCGGGCGGGAUCAGUCUCACCCACUGGCUGACGUAAUCACUGAAGGGGGCGUCAGCGAGCAGAAACCACCGCCGAGGGAUAUCGGUGGGGUCUCAGGUAAGUGACCUGAAGGGGUUUUCACCCCUUCAGCAACCGGGGGAUGGGUGGUGGGAGGGAGAGGGGACCUGCAGUGCCAUAUAAACGGAUUGUUUUCCUGGCACUGGAGUUUCCCUUUAAGUGUAAUCUCAUCUGCCACGUCAAGGCAAAACCUCUUAGGGGAGUCUUACACUAACAAUUCACCUUGCUGCUUUCAGCUAAAAGGUAAAAUCUCUGAGACAAAGAGACAAAGAGACAAAGGUUAUUUUUUCACCCUCUACACACUUCUUAACCCAUGGGGUAGGCGGAACACAUGGGGUGGGCGGCAGGACCGUUACAUGGCUGUGUAAUACAAAAGCAAAUACAAACAUGCAAAACUAAACCCUGCUCUCAAACUCCCACUACUCCUGGGCAGCAACAAUGACUAUAGUAGACAUCAACCCAAUCAAUACAAUAAAAACCAAAUCAAAAUGUUACUUGUGCACUAUCCCAUGUCUCUAUGGACAUCUAAAUAAUUGAUAGAAAGGUGUCAGAACACACAGUGUGUCACAGUGCAUUUCUACAAAGCCGCAGACCGGUCAGAGUGCUUAUGAUGACUUCUGUCCACUGCCGAUCUGCCGCUGGAUCAUUGAGUAAUGGAAGAAGGUUGUCUGGUCUGACGAAUCACAUUUUGUUUUAGAUAAGGUGGUUGGUCGGGUGCAUGGUUUACCUGGGGAAGAGAAUAGGCAAGAUGGCAGUAGCUCUGGACAGUGUUCUGCUGGGAAACCUUGGGAAGUCAAAAAAGGGCAACCCUGCUUACAGUAUUAGAGGUUGAUACAGUUUAUGGUUUUUUUUAUUAUUGUUGUUGUUGUUAUACUUUUUACAGAUUACACUGCCCACAAUUUCCUUCAUACUAUAGUUAGCUCUGACUUUUGUAUUGUGUUUUUCAGGAACCAAAAAGGGUAUUUCUUCUGAUGUAUUAAAAGCAGUAACUAAUGAUGAAGAUAAUAUGAGGAACAGGACAGUAACAUUUACUGUUGUCAGUCCACCAAAACAUGGAAAAAUUGUAAAGUUAACCACACCGAACAGAACUGAGGAAGUCUCUACUUUCACACAAGAAAUGGUUUGUAUCCCACAAUGUAUAAGUUUCUACAUUUAAACAAACAAUAUGUGUUCCAGAGAUACACCAUAUUUGUUUAGCAAGCUUCUUACUAGCAAGAAUAGUUUGAAGUGACUCUUAGUUUAACCCCUUAAGGACACAACUUCUGGAAUACAAGGGAAUCAUGACGGAGUAUUUCCGUCAUGUGUCCUUAAGGGGUUAAACUAGUUGUUGUCGAGAUCCAACAAUUCAAUACAUUAACGGUUUGAUAGCAGAUACAGAAGAAGAUCAUUUCAAAUAUUGGGAGCUAAGGGAAGCUUUUUUUUUUUUUUCUUCUGGAUGGUUUUUCCACCUUUUUAAGUCUUCUAAAAGUAUUCUAGACUCUCUUUGGUUUUAUAAUAUUCAUUAAAAAAAAAAAAAGUUUUAAAAACAUGGACUCCAGCCCCCCAAAACAUUUUCAUUGGAAUUGUUAUUUUAACAAACUGUUUGAAUUAUUAUGAAACUUUAUUCUGAAACAUCACUAGAAUACUUAUAUGUUAAAAAUAUAAUAUGUAAAAGUUACCAACAUUUCAACCUAAAUCCACUCUUCACUUUUCCUGCUUCAUUCAGACUGGCUUAUCUCCCACUCACUAUGAGCAGCAUACUCAUGCCAACUCCACAAACAUCUGCAAUAACUAGUCAACUUCUUGUACUUUAGAUUAAUGAAUAUUAUUAACUUAAAAAGGUGGAAUAACCACCCAGAACAAAGUUUCCAUUAGCUCCAAAUAGCAUAACACACAGUUCAUUGCAGUUUGCUACGUAGCCUCAUACCAGUAAGAGGGCUCAUGGUGACUCCUGUCCACCACAGAAAGCGCCUUCAAUGGGGAUGUGAUUGUCAGAACUGGACCAUGGAGCAAUGGAAAAGGGUUGCCUGAUCUGUUGAAUCAAGUUUAGAUCAGGGGGAUUGCCAAGUUCAUGCGCAUCUUUUACCUGGGGAAGAGAUGGCAGCAGGAUGCAAUAUGGAAAGAAUGCUUGCCAGCAGAGGCAGUGUAAUGCUCUGGGCAAUAUCCUGCUGUGGAACCUCUGGCAUUCAUGUGGAUGUUACUUUGACAUGUACUACCUACCAAGAGCAUGCAGACCACAUGAACCCCUUCAUGUCAAUAGUGUUUCCUGAUGGCAGUGGCCUCUUUCAGCAGGAUAAUGCACACUUCCACACUGCAAAAAAAUGUUCAGGAAUUGUUUAAGAAACAUGACAAAGUGUUUAGGGUGUUGUAUUGGCCUCCAAAUUCCCCAGAUUUCAAUCCAAAAAACUUGCAGGACGUAAAAGAUCUGCUGCUACUGUCUUGGUGCCAAAUACCAAAGGAGGACACAUUCAGAGGUCCUGUGGAGUCCAAUGCCUCAUUGCAUCAGAGCUGUUUUGGCAGCACAAAGAGGUCCCACAUGAUAUUAGGCAGGUGGUUUUAAUGUUGUGGCUGCUCAUUUGUAUUUCAGUAUGACUGAAAUCCCAGAAUUAUUUGUUUCAGAAAACAUUUGGUUCAAGCAGCAAAACAUUUUUUCAUCUGUUAUUUUAAUUAAUUGUUGUUAAAUUCUAAGCACCCAUUGGGAUUUCAUUAUUUCCUCCUGCUGGUCAUGUGGUGAUUUCCUGGGAUGGUUUUGGUUGUUAUUUUGCAAAUGAUAAAUUACGUGUUUUUCUUUGUUUUCUGGUGAAACAUUUCACUAACCUUUGGUGGUACCUGCAAGCAUCUUGUUCUAAAUAAUUGUAGAUCCAAAUUAUGUGGGUAUAGAAACAUAGAAACAUAGAAUGUGACGGCAGAUAAGAACCAUUUGGCCCAUCUAGUCUGCCCAAUUUUCUAAAUACUUUCAUUAGUCCCUGGCCUUAUCUUAUAGUUAGGAUAGCCUUAUGCCUAUCCCACGCAUGCUUAAACUCCUUUACUGUGUUAACCUCUACCACUUCAGCUGGAAGGCUAUUCCAUGCAUCCACUACCCUCUCAGUAAAGUAAUACUUCCUGAUAUUAUUUUUAAACCUUUGUCCCUCUAAUUUAAGACUAUGUCCUCUUGUUGUGGUAGUUUUUCUUCUUUUAAAUAUAGUCUCCUCCUUUACUGUGUUGAUUCCCUUUAUAUAUUUAAAUGUUUCUAUCAUAUCCCCCCUGUCUCGUCUUUCCUCCAAGCUAUACAUGUUAAGAUCCUAUAACCUUUCCUGGUAAGUUUUAUCCUGCAAUCCAUGAACCAGUUUAGUAGCCCUUCUCUGAACCCUCUCUAAGGUAUCAAUAUCAUUUUAGAUAUUUUUUUAGCCCUCUAAAAUGUGCUAAUUUACAUAAAUCAAUCACAUCAAAACAUGUUGAAUAAACUACUAAAGAUAUGGUAAAGCUGUUAUCUUCAUAUUUUAUACUAUUCUCUACAUUUUUUAAGAUCUCAAGUUUAUUUGAAGUUGUGCUUUAAAUAACUAAAGUGGAGCCUAAUGCCUGGCACCUGACUAACCUAGGUGUCUUUUUGUUUUGUUCACAUAUUUCAUACAAAACCCUGUAGGGGGAGCCCUAUAUUAGCAGUACUGUUUACAUAAUGUUGAAAUAGGUUGCAUGUUUAUUUAGAUGUACUUAGCAUGAUUUACAGUAAGAUAUUUUUUUACAGCAGGGUUUGUGAAUUGUACAUCUAGUUUUAGGGCAUGCAUGAUUCAAGGAUUUUUAUCAUUUUGAAGGAUUUCUGAUACCUUUUUGAAAGGUUGUAGAAUAUUUAUUUAGGGAUAUAUUUUUCUUCCAAUUCACAAAUGUUCAUAAUUUGUCCUUUAUGCAUAUUAUUAAUUUGUGUCCCUUAAAUAUAAUCUAAAUACUGUAAACAAACCAACAUAGCAUCAUAAUACAAUUCAUUCGUGUUGCAUUAUUUUGGCUCACGAGUGGCAAUUUACAAUCAUCUACCGGGAGACAACUUGCACAAAACAAAGUACCAGCAGUUGCAGUUCACAAAGGUUAUGUGCGAUUAACAAAUAACUAGCAUGUGCAAGGGACACAAAAAUUUGAAAAUGUAAAUACCCUACAUUCCUCAAAACACAUGAAUAAUAUGUUGUUGUUUUUUUAAUACAGUUAAAAACUCUGUUUCUUAAGCCUAUAUGUUAGCUAUCUGUAGAUCGGCUACUUACUGGUUUUUAUGUCUUUGCACAGGUCAAUGAUGGGUUAAUAUUGUAUGAACAUACAGAUAGAGAAUCUGUGGUCUGGAGUACACCGGAUUCAUUUUCAUUCACAGUUUCUGCUCCCCCAGCUGUCCUGAUUUCCCAAGUAUUCCUUAUCACAGUAUCUUAUGAUAUUAGUGAUCCUAAGAGAUUGACACAACUUGUAGCCAAUACAGGUAAACAUGUAAAUUAUAUUUUAUGCCUUUCUUUAGUACACAUUUCUCGAUUGAUAUGAAGAGUCUUGGAAUGGAAUCCGCUGUAAAAUACAAUGUACUAACGUAGAUUUGUUUUGUACUAGGUGCUGCUGUUGAGGAAGGUGGAAAAAUUCUAAUAACCAAGUCAAUGUUGGAUGCUUCAAAUCUUUUGGUCAAGCUUCCAGAAUCCCAACGCCCCUCCUACGAAGUUUGGUACCAGGUGAUAUUAAUGCCCAGCCACGGAGUAAUUAUAGUCGGAGAUCGGAAUAUUACAAAAGAAAAACCCAACUUUUCACAGUACAUUAUCAACAAAUUUGGAAUUACAUAUCUGCAUGAUGGCUCCGAGUCUCUCAGUGAUAAUUUUACAUUUGCUACCUGGCUUAACUUAAAAAGCAAAUCAGCGGUGAAGCCAGAGGCUGGUGUAGUGGAAGAGAUGUUUAACAUCACUGUCAUAGGUGUAAAUGACCAAGCUCCAGAGCUAAAGACAAAAAGACCAUAUUUGAAAGUCUUGCAAGGGAAAAAGAUCGCCAUUUCCUCGAACAAUCUAAACGUUGAAGAUCUAGAUAACCCUCCAGCAGAUAUAAAAUACACCAUUAUAAGUCCUCCUAAUAAUGGUUUCUUGGCAAAACGAGAACAUUUUAAUGUUUCUGUUCAACAUUUUACACAAGCAGAUAUUAAUCAUGGAAAUCUUUGGUUUGUGCAAGAUGGAAGCGCUUCUUCUGGACUUUUUUAUUUUAGUGUGACUGAUGGGAAGCACAAACCUUUGUAUAAACUGUUUAAUCUGGAAGUCACUCCUGUUUCGAUCACCUUAGUUAACAAAACAAAUCUUGCCAUUCCUCAAGGACAAACCUUGGUUAACAUUACUAAUGCUCAUUUGGCAGCAGUAACAGAUGGAAAGAGCACUGUUAUAAGCUAUGAAGUGGUACAGCCGUCUCUCUUUGGCCAGCUAAUCAUAGACAGUAUAGCUGUGACCAAGUUUGACCAGAACAACAUAGACCUGGGUGAAAUAACUUACGAAGUUGGGCACCUUAAUGCAUCUUAUGAUAGUUUUGAGAUUGUUGUCUUCACAUCUGAAAGCAACCUCACAGGUCAGGUGGUUAAUAUUACAGUGGAACCUCUCUUGAAUGUGGGAUCGGAGAUAAAGAUAGCAGCAGGUACAGUUUACACAUUAAAGAAAAAAGACCUAGACGCAACUGAAUUGGCAAAUAUUACAAGUAGUGAUCCAGAAUUCUAUCUGCUUGACUCUCCGACAUAUGCUAGACUUGUACAAAGAAAACAUCCCCAAAAGCACGUACUAGAAGUUAUUGAUAUGUUUACGCAAAAUGACAUUGAUACAGGUUGUGUACAAUUGGAUGUAAUUGCCAAUGUUACAGAUGUGGAAAUGCUAAAUGACUCUUUUGCUUUCUUACUCAAGGCCAAAAAUGUGCCACCUGCAAUAGGAUACUUCCACUACUCCGUGGUUCCUUAUGAUUCCCUCUUUGUGACAACAGAAGCAUCUAUAUCAACAAGCAAAUCUCAAUCUCAACCAUUGCUUACCUCUGUUGCCAGUGAGAAAAAUACACUGAAUCACUGGCAAAAUACUACAACUGCAAAUGCACCCAUAAAGGUGGUACAGCGGCUUGGGAAUCGCAAUCGAUGGGGAAGCCUAAAGGAUGACGACAAUCUUUUCUAUGACACAGACACAGUAACCACUAGUUCCUCCAGAAGAGUGACUGUGGCUACCAUAAAAUCUGUUGCCAUAAGCCCUAAAUCAGAGCCAAGUCAAGGCAGCAAUACACUUUCCAUAAUUAUUCCACUUGUGAUAUUUGCUAUUUUGCUACUGGCUGCCAUUUUCUUUGUUUGGUUUUGGCUUCUAAAACGUAAGACAAAAAAGACUAAGCCACACGUCAGAAGCCAUUCAUAUAGCAUUGUGCCUCAGGUCCCGAGCCCACACACUGAAAGAAGUACAACAGUGCCAACUGUCACAGUAACCCCUCUACAGAAAAGCACGGAUUACAUCUCUGUGAGCCCAGUAUUGUCCACGAGGCAUGACCAUUCGCCUACUAGAUAUGACCCAUCUCUUACCAUAAAUGCUCAACAGAACUCCUGGCUACUAAUGGAUCCUGAAAUGAUUCAACACUGUAGAGCAACAAAUCCUACCCUGAAAAUGAAUCAAUAUUGGGUAUAGAGAACAAGUCAGCUCAAGCUGUUUUUUUGUAAGCCCUUGGAUGUAUUCUAUAAAUGUUUUCAUUUUUAUGUUUACUAAAAGCGCGAUUAUAUUUAUUUUAUUGUCAUUUAUAUCUUGUGUUUUUUAUAGAGUAAGCAGUAUUUCCUGUUUUAACAAUUAAACAAUUAAUCUAUAAUCAAUGGGCUACUUCUGCGGAGUCUGAACUACUGUAGUAGUUAUUAUAAAUCAAUGUGUAAUUAUUAUAUUUUAUUUAUAGAUAAAAAUAUUGCAAACAUCAUCUCUCAUUCCCAAAUUAGAUUUAUCACUAUUACCUAGAAAUACCGUGGAACAAAAUUUGUCGUGGCUUUCUAUCUAUAAAUAUAAAUACAUACCUUAGUUUUAUUUUUAUUUUUUUUGUGUAUGUAAAAUUCUGGUUCUUGCUUUCAAAUCUCUACAUAAUGCUGCUCCCACCUAUCUAUCCUCACUUAUACACAAGUAUGUCCCGUCUAGGCCCUUACGAUCUGCUGAAGACUUACAUCUAUCUUCUGUCCGUACUCCCACCUCUGAUGCUCGCCUUUAAGAUUUCUCGAGGGCUGCACCGUUCCUGUGGAACUCACUUCCCUCCUCCGUUAGAUGCUCACCCAGUCUCCACUCCUUCAAAAAAUCGUUAAAAACCCACUUCUUCACAAAAGUGUAUGAAUUAAACUGUUAAUAGCUCCUGACUGAUUCCUCUUCUGCAACUGUCUAAUACUAUCCUUACCUUUUUGUGUCAUUUUACCCCACUCCCUCUGGCAUGUAAGCUCAUUGAGCAGGGCCCUCAACCCCUCUGUUCCUGUGUGUCCAACUUGUCUGGUUACAACUACAUGUCUGUUCGUCCACCCACUGUAAAGCGCUGCGGAAUUUGACGGCGCUCUAUAAAUAUAAUAAUAAUAUCUAUGUAUAUCGCUAUUAAUAUUACAUAAAUAACCCAGUUGUUUAAUAUAUGUGAAACAGAUACUGUACUGUUGACAAACAACAGUUUGAAUGAUAUACAGUAGAGGUGGUUCACUUCCUGAAGUUAAGUGUUAAAAUGACUAAAGAAAAAUAAUGUUUCUUUAUAUGUGUGUGUAUGUUUGUGUGUGUGUUCGCCAUUAACAUAUAGUUAAUCAAAAUAAAUGUUGCUGUAUAUAAUAACAAUUGUUACAUUUAUUUUACAGAUAAUAUAAUACUGCAUACACAGGUUAUUUUACUUGAUAGUUCUAUACAUGUUUUCAUGUUACUUCCCAUGCAAAAUAUUUAGAUAUAUAUGUUAUAUUGUAGUAAAAGUUGUAAACCAGUAGACAUUGAAAAGCUCAUUUGUUACAUUGUUGCCACAUUUGUAAAUAAAAUUACCUUUUCGUUUUUAUCUUAUGGACGAUGCUGGUAACAUAAACUAGCCUGUAAUACAAAAG